AUGAAGUGUGUAAUACCUAAACAAAAUUUGAAAAGUAAAUUUGUAUUUAUUUUAAUUGUAUGCAUGUUUAUAAACAAACCCAAAGUUAAAAUAUAAGUAGCAAUUUGAUAUGGUAAAAGAUAGUCCUUGAUUGUAGGUACAUAUUAUAUAUUAUGUAGAUACAUUGGUGAUUAGAGGCAGAAAGGUACCUUAUUGCAUAAUUUCAUUAUGUGAUGAAUUGGAUUGUUAUUGUGAUAAUCUGUGUUAUUAAAAAGUACAAUAUAAGGAAUAAUCUAUACUGUGAUUUGAACAAAUAAAGUUAACUCUAUAUAGAAUAGUUGUAUCAUAAAUUGAGCCAGUGAUUAAUUUGUUGAUGAAGGAAAUUAUUAGCUUUACAUUCAGAUAGCUAAUUAAGUUUAAGUAGAGGGCAAUUAAUGUAAUUAUAGAGAGGAUAAUUGAUGUAUCUAAAAAACUAAGGAAUAGUCAUUACCCUUUAGUUCCUUUUUUGAGUUGAGAGUAAUGUCUGGCGACACUAGAGUUCCAUAAUAUAGACCCGUAGCUUAACAACUAAUUAAAACUUAUUUUUUUUUUAGUUCUUUCGCGAGCAUUGAAUACAAUUUGCCGCAUUGGAGAAGAUUUAUAUAUUGAGCCCAAUUCAUCACAAUUAUUGAUGCACACUACAAAUAGUUGGCAUACUGUAUAUGCAUGGUUCAAAUUUGAUUCUUCAUUUUUUUCAAGUUAUUUUUAUACCAAAGAAGACGAACAAAACAGUGACAGUUCAUUGAAAUGCAAAAUUUCAUUAAAGGUUUAUUUUGAUUGAUCCAUUACAAUAUUAUCUUAACUCGUCAUCUAUAUCGUCAUGUUUUAUAACACAAUUGGUAUUGUAUUAGCAUUACGUUAACAUUGUUGUUUUUUUUUGUUCUUGUGAAUUAUUUAAUGAACUUAAAAUAGUGAAACAAAGAUAAAAAUGUUUAUCUAGUUAUAUUCUACAAAAAUUUGAUUUUCAAUAGUCAUUGUCGUUCAAAUUUUCUAUGUUAAAAAUAAAAACAAACAUAUUUUAGAAAAAAAUUACUGUUUUAUAAAAAAUCCUGUUAAAAUAAUACAAAUUAUAAAAAAAGAUCAUUAAAAAUGAUUAUUCAUCAUACACAUUUUUUGAAUUUUCUUUUGCGGUAUAAUAUGUUGAACGAGUAUUCUGUUUACAUAUAUACACACAAUAUGAUGAACUGAACUUUAAAACUUAGAUACAAUACAAAUUUUUCAUAUUGCCUAAACAAAAAAAAAAUUAAAAUCGCAAAUAAAUGUUUUUUUGAUUCCUGAAAACUUCGAAUUGUGUUGCUUAGGCCCUUUUGCAGUGUCACCAGCGAUAUUUUUAUUUGAAUAAAUAUAAGUUUAAUGAUGGCGAAACAUUAACAUUAAUACCAAUGACGGGUUAAAAUUUAUGAAAGUUGAAUUAAAAAUGUAUUUUAUUUUUUUUUAGUCAUGUAUUACAAUAUUCAAAUCUCCACAUUUAGCCCGUUGCUUAGAAUCAUGUUAUAUGGAAAUUAAAAGUAAUGCAGAUACAAUUACUAUACAAUUACGAUACUCAAAUUUUUGUGUUAAAACUUAUUUGAUUCCAGUGUUAGAAUACUCGGCAUUACAAGUAAGUUUAUAUUAAAUGCACUUACCUAAAUAUGCAUGUGCAAUGUAUUUUAUAUUGAUAUUUUAUGUGGUUUUAAUUAGGUAAAUCAAAAUGUUGAAACCAGUCGUAUACUGUGUAUCGAUUCCAAAGUAUUAUCAGCUGCUGUAAAACAUUUUCAAAAUAGUGAAACAGAUAUAAGUUUGGAUGUAACUACUGAAAAAGUAUUAUUCAAAACCCAUUCAGAAUCUUGUCGAGGUGCUUGAAUUGGAUGUUAGCUUCAACUAAUAAUUAAUUCAAUUACAUAUUAAUGAUGUGUAUAAUGUGAUAAAUGUACUUAAUUUGAAUAAUAUAGAUAUAAGAAAAAUGUUGAGAACAGAAUUGAGUUUGCAGUCAUCAGAGUUUGACAUCUACGAUGUUUGUGGAGGUACCUGUAUAACAUUUUGUCUUAAAGAAAUACGGCCUUUGUUAGCCUUUGCAGAGUAUAUGUCGUUACCAGUUAUUAUACGCUUUAGUUCUCCUGGAAUGUAGGUAUUAUAAGUUACAAAUGUUGUAAAGUAAAAAUAAAAAACAAUUCUUAUUUAUUUAGGCCUAUGGUUUUUGGACUUAAAAAUGGAUUCAUAUAUGAAAGUCAAUAUAUAUUAUCAACAAUGUCGGAUAAUGGAUUAUCUGGAGAAACUGAAUCAUUGCAAUUAAAUAUUAAUGCAAUUGAAAACACUCAGAGCACUGAUACUGGUGUACAACAAGAAAAUCAAUCACUUAUAUUAAACCGAAGACCAUUAAUACAUUCCAAUUUACUAACACCAAUGCGAGUACAAGUAGAAUAUCCAGAUAGUAUUUCUAGAAAACGGAAACAUUCUUCUAGUCAACAAUCGCAAAAAAAAAUUAAUUCUAAUAAUACAAAUUCAGUUAUUGAGCACUUUAGAGAAGAAUAUUUAGAUGAUGAUGUUUUAUUAUCUCAGGUUGCCGAUUUUCAUGUCAAUGAUGCAGCAAACCAAAUUUGUGUUAAUAAUGAUGGUAAUUCAAUACUUGGACUUACUGGACAUAUGUUUGCUAGAUGUUAUACAUUGCCUGCUGGUAAUUCACCGAAGAAAGGAAAAGUAAUAGUUUAUGAUUCAGAUGGACUUGGAAGUGAGUCUGAUUAGUGAAUUAAUUUCCAAAAUAAAUCUUUAUACUUAAUCUUUAACUUAUAAUUAUAUAAAUUAAAUGUUAAGUAAAAAUAAUCAAUAUUUAUUUCUUUAAUUAUUUUUGCAAACAAUUUGAAAAAAAGAGCAUUAAUUAUAUUACAUAAUUAGGUAUACUUAACUAGUUUCCUAACUAUUAUUAUUGUAAUAAAAUUUAUAAUUUAUUGUACCUUUUUUUUGUUUUUAUAUGGCAAAAUUACGUGUUUGGCUAGCUACUUGCACAAUUUCCCAAUAGGUGCCUCACAAUGGUUUGUUUACAUUGCCAGGGCUCUGGCCUUCAUUUGAUUGGUACUCGGUCCAUAUUUGUCUUAACCAGAUUUUGUUGCGCUCUCUCGUCUUUCUGUCUUUCUCUUUCUUUUCCUCCAUGAUGUUAUGUAGGAAAUUACUACAACCCAUUCUUUGGAUUCCUGUAUCUGUGAGACCAUGACUUCCAGGGAUGAAGUUUCCAUUGGUUAAUACCACCAUCCUGACAUACUUGGCGGUAUUGAAAAACUGUGUAAUGAUCGUUGUUCGGGUGUCUGCAGUACCAGCAUUCUGUUGAAUUCAAAUUACCAUAUAUCUCAUAGUAAGAAGUGAAACAUUUGUGUACUAUGCGGGCUUGAGUGAUAUGGUAGUUGUUAGAAUUUAAGAUUUUUGGUACCAUCUGAUUAUAUUUGUGAUGAGUUUGUGUGUCCAGUGUUCUUUCAAGUUUCUGUUCCAUUGCUCUUGUCAUCUCUGAUUUUGUAAUGUACUUUGCUCUACAAUGAUCUAUAGGUUUCUUUCUUCCCUAUUGUUAUAUAUCGUUUGUAUUGCCUCAUUUCUAUAAACGAUGGCAGCAGUAGAAUAGUAAUGUUAAGUGUUAACAUAGAUAUCCUUUUGCUGUCGGUUUAAACAGAAAAUAAAUUACAAAAAGACAUCCUAGGAUAAUGGGGAAGGGUGCAGUCACUGUUAUGUGUAAUUUAAUGUAUAUCUGUUAACAACAAUUAACCAUUGCUAUCGAAAAAUUAUUCUGAGCGGAGUUCAGUUGAUAGUGAUGCUUUUUCAAAAAUAUAUGUCAUAUUAAAUUUAAUAGGCAUUAUAUAUUAUCUCUAAUAAUAUUUGUUUACGGGAUCGAUUUUCCUGGUUUAACCAUGUAUUUUCCUGGUGUUUCACAUUUGUUGGAAAAACUCUUGAGAAUAUUGAUAAAUGGCCUCUCUAAAGUACCUCCCUAGUGAAAUUUCUUUUUAGAAAUAUUUCUAUCAUUAUAAGUUUGAGUAAAAUUUCUGGUAGAAAAGUUGUCCACAGAAAAAAAAAAUCUAAUAUACAAAUAUAUUUCCUACAUUUCCCCUUUUUUUUUCGGUUUUUAAAAUCGAUGAGAAAACUCCUGAUAAAUAUGAAAAAUUACUUCUUUAAAAUACCUCUCCAUGCUAAUUUCCUUCCAGAAAAAGUGCUACACUUAGAAAUCCAAGCAAGUCUUCUAGUAGAAAAGUUGUUAACAGAUAAAAAAACAUCUUUGUAAAAUAAGUCUAUUACAUUUAAAUAUUCUGAAUCAUCAUCUACAGAAUUGUUCAUUAACAAUCAAUCAGAACUUUUAGUAUUUUAGAUUCUGUGCUGAGCAAAAAAUGCAUGGAAAAUGCAUGUAACUUGAUUGUACGUACAGAUAUAGGUGUAAAUGUUUAAAAUGUUAAACAUUUUUUUAUUUAUUUAUGUUUUCAUUCUAUAUUGAUAACCCAUGAUUUCAUUAACUUUUUUGUGACCAUUUUUAUUAAUAAAACUAGCAAUUAUCUCUGAGUUUUUUUAAGUGAAUUUGAUUUCUGUUUUUCUUAUCAUUAUAGAAUUGUUUAAGCUUUAUUUUUAAAUCAUUUUUAAUUUUUUACCCCUACUAGGGUUAGGUUAGGUUAUACUAUAAAUAAGUACAUACUUUUCAUUUUCUAACAGGAACCCUUUUGAAUACAGAUUUGAAUAUUUUUUUGGACAUUUGAAUAUGCAUAAUACUAAUAUAAUAUUUACCACCUAUGAGUUAUAACAGUUUAAAGUUUAGGCCGGAGGAAUAGGAAAGGUCUAAAUGGUUUAAGAAUAAAGCUUAGUAAUUCCAUAAUGAUUAAAAAAAAACAGAAAUCAAAUUCACUUAAAAGCUCUGAGAUAAUUGCUGGUUCAUGAUAACAAAAAUCACCUGUAGUAUAAACUUCCUCCAUUUAUAAAAUAUAUUGGUAACACUUAUUAUUUAUUAUUAUAAACACCUGAAAGACUCAAGUACAGAACAUAAAUAAUUACAAUAGUGAAACUUAACUAAACAUAAAAAUGAUAAUAAAGAAGAAAUAACACAUAAAUUAAUGCACUUGGAUAAAAAUAUAAAAAGUACCUAUUAUAAUAAUAACAGAUUGGAAGUCGGUUGAACAAAUUACGUAUUAUACUAAUGAAACUUGGCAUAACAUCUGAAAAUUAUGUAUAAAAUAAAUCUAAGGUUUUUAAAUCAUUACAUUUGGCAAUUCGGUCUAAGGGAUUAUUAUAGCCAUAAGUGAUAUGGUGAAAUGGAAUUGCAAAAGUAAGACAAUAUCGCGAAUUAUAAUGAAGGAUGUUAAAACUUAAGGAAGGUGAUAAAUCCAGGCAGUAUAUAUUACCAUUAACCAACUUUCUGUUGGUCAUAGAUCCAGUGUAGUGGUGACAUGAAAUCAUCAGGGAAAUAUAAUCGUAUUAUUGCCGUCACUGUCAUGUAACCACUAACACCAUCUGAACAACGUAAUAUUCCCUCCCCAUCACUCACUUUUCAACGAUACUGCUCCUUGAAUAUCCUAUAAUUUCAAUAGAUUAUGCAUUGGUAGGGCGACUCAGUGUUGAAUUAUUGUCGAUAAGGGUGACAUGAAUUAAUAAAGGUUGAAAACCACUGGUCUAGGUGGUUCAAAUAAUUCAUAAUAAAUUUAAUAAAAGCAUACUUACGCAGUAUAUGUAUAAAUAUAUUUAAAUAUAUAUAUAUGUAAUUAUAAUAUGGUUAGGUACAUAAUAUACUAUCUAUAUAGUUCAUCAAUAUUAUGUUAGCAAAGGGUAACAUAUAAAUUUGGUCUAAUAUUCUAUGGACUAGAGUUCCUUGAUCAACACACUCUACUAUUGACCAACAUCGUCAAUAACAAAAUACCUUUUUUUAUAGAAGGUAUGUAAAAUUUAUUUUAACUAAUACUCCAUCUAUGUGUGGACUUUUUAACAUAGGUUGCCAUUUGAAAAUCAAAAGUAGGUGGUUUUACCUCCAAAAAUAAAGGUGACAAAAAUUAACAUAAAUAUAAAAUUGAAGAGCUGCUUGUUUCUUAAAUGUUCUAGAAAACAAAUUCCGGAAAAAAGUUAAUACAUUCCGAGGUAAACAAUUCAUUCAACGUGAAGAAUGUCUUGUGCUGCCCCCGAGUUUCUAUUCGUUCACUCCAGUUAUGAUUGAUAGUUUUUUGUGUUUUAUAUUCCAAAAAAUCAUAAAAAGUGCGUGUGCAGAUCAAUUUGGAUCAGUUUUGGAGUUGGUCUGCCCCAAAUUCUCCCUACAAGGUCAGUUUUUAGUUCGUUAUUCAAAUACACAGCCGCAAUAAAGUAAGUUUAUUUUAAAUAUUGUCAACGUCCAAAGGUUAAAUGGCCAAGUUUUAUCGCUAAUCAUCUAAACGGCGAGAGAUAUGACUGGUGCAGCACGUAUAUAUACACCGCGUUCGCUAAACCAUCCAUUUCGACGAUAUACACUGUGUGCUAAAAAUGCCAUUAAAAUCGUAGCAAAACGUCGAUUAUUUUUCCAUAAUCUCGAACUUCCGUAUUAUUCUUUUUAAUUAAGAAGCCACUUUGUGCACUACAUUUUUAUCAUACAUCCAUACAGUUAAAUCAGUUAAUGAAAUAAAAUCAACACAAAACAAACGUGUUGGGACUUUAAAUUCUCUAUUAAAAAAAAAUUACCGAGUUUUCCUCUCAACUGAAUAUACUAUCAUUAGAUAUUGACUGUAAAAAUAAAAGUUUCAAUUAUUGAAAAUAAAAUUGCAACUUUUAAUGGAGAAGAACCUCCCUUCAAAACUACUAUAAGUAAUAACAAAUUGAUUGCCGAAUUGAUGGAUAGACAAAACAGAUGAAACAAUUUCUUAUUAUAUAAUUUACCUGAAUUAAAUAAAGAUUCCUUAAAUGAUAGUUUUUCUAUAAGAGUUAUUUUAAAUUUCCUCGGACUGCAAUCAGUACUUAUUACUUUUACUAGCCUUGGCUCUCUACCAUUAGAACUCUCUAAUAAACCAAGACUAAUCAAAUUAUAUUUAGCCAACCAAAAAGAAACACUCUUAAUCUUUUCUUCUCAAUAUAAAUUGAAAUCACAUAAAACAUGGAAAGAUGUAAAAUUUUCAUCGAACCAGACAAAAUCUUAACGAGAAUCCAUGACUCAACUUAUAAAUAAUAUCUGGUUCGCCCAACGGCGAACAAGAUAUUAUAAUUAAGUACGUUAGAAAAUACUCCCGUAUUAUAAAUCCAAAAAAUUUAUAAAACCCGGCUCUUUUAAUUUUGAAUGUAAUUACCAAAAUGUAAGGGGUCAAAACACUAAACUUAAUAAUUUAAAAAGAAAAAUCCUCCUUUCUAAUUUUUCAGUUUUUGCCUUUUCCGAAACAUGGUUACGAAACGAUGUUAUUUCCUCAAAACUUGAUUUUACUAAUCACUUUAUUUCUUCACAAUUUAAAUAAGACCUUAUUAAACAUCAUUUAAAACUUUCUUCCUCCGAAUUUCCAUAGCAAAAUCGGCUUUACUAAACAUUUUUCAAUAUAACACCAUCCUAAAUAAUAAUAACUUGAUUUUGUAUUAUCAAAUUCUCCUACUCGUAAUAAUGAUGCUAUUAUUCCUAUUGACAAUUAUUACCCUAUACUAAAUAUAAAUAUCACUGCUCCAAAUUACAACCCCUUUUUUUCCAUUUUAUGAAACAACCUAUGAUUGGUUAAAAGGUGACUAUAAUUCUAUAUUAUCAUUUUUAGGUUCUAUUAAAUGGAAUAAUAUCUUAGAAAUGAGUUCGGAUAUGUCCGUUCUUUUAAAUGAUUUUCAUUCCAUUAUAUACUUCUCUAUUUACUCCUUCCCAAUAAAAAUUUUAUAUUCAUAAUCAAAAUUUCUACCAUGGUUUCAAAAGCACUGAUAAAACAAAAAAAAGAGCUGAUACUGGGUAUGGGAGCAGCUACUGUUGUAGGUGGUUUAAAUUUGAUUUCAAACGCUUAUUAAAAAAAAAGUCAUCCGAUCAUUUUUGAAAUUUUACCACGUCUAGAUUAGUCCAAUAUAAGUAUUAUUACCAAGUUUCAAGUCUCUACGUGUAUUUAUGACCGAAUUACAGCAAAAAAAAACUACCAAAAGUUAAAAUUCCUUAAAAGCUCAAAAGUGGCUAAAAUGGCGAUGAUACCGUUAGAAAGAAAAUCAAAAAGGCAAUAAAAAAGGUAAAUUGUGAUUUUUCAAUUAAAUCAUUCUUUCUGGUAGAAAACGUCGUCCGUGUUUUUGAUAAAAUAAUGAAAUCGUGAAAUUGUACGUUUUCCUACGUUUUUUCCUACUUAAGUGUUUUUAUUUUAACAAUAGCAUCGAAAGAUAAAAAAUUACAUGUUCAAAUUAUUAUCUAGACAACUUGAGAAGCUUUGAGCAAAGUUGCUACACGUAAAAUGUCGGAGCAAGUUUACUAGGAAAAAACGUGUCCAUAGAAUAGAACAAAGAAAAAAAUUUAAAAAAAAGAAACAAAAAUAAACAGCAUUGUAAAACCAAAAGCUCUUUCGCUACGCUCAGAAUUUAAAAAUUACUUCAUGCCAUUUAUAAAGCUAAUAAUUCGCAAUCAGACUAUUUAAAGUUUUCUUCUCUUCGUGCUAAAUGUAAACGCCUCAGUAAAGACAACCAUAACUGUUAUUUAAAUUAUAUCUAAAUCUAAUUAAAAUCCAAUCCUAAGCAUUUCUAGUCUUUUAUUGAAUAUUUUAGAUCAUCAUCUUCUCUUCCCAAUAUCUUAUCGUUCGAAAAUAUAACGACCAAUGACGGCCAAAACAUCGUCAACCUUUUUGGCCAUUAUUUUGUAUCUACUUAUAAAAAGAUAAUAUUCCCUUUACUUCAAAUAAUUCUCCAAUAAUUGAAUCCCUAGACUCUAUUAAUAAUUGUGAAAUUAAAUUCAUUGAUGUUUUUGAAGAAUUAGAAAACUUAAAAAUGAAAACUGGAAUUGGUCUUGACUCUCACCUAUUUUUCUGCAUGUUUGUAGAUUUGUAUUUUCCCCUUCUAUCACAUUUCUUUUUAAUGCCUCUUUAAAUGAUAGUUGUUUCUCAUCUAUUUGGAAAUCUACAUUCAUCAAUCCAAUUUUCAAAAAAGGAGAUAAAUAAUAUAUUUCUUAUCACCUUAUAUCCUUGAUCUCUAUCCUCCCGAAAUUAUUCUCUAAAAUUAUUAAUGCUAAACUCACUCCCCUCUUCAAAAAUAUACUCAUUUUGCAGCAACACGAUAUCCGAAAUAAUAAAUCUGCAAUUACAAACCUAAUAUCUGUUAAACAAUUCAUUUUUAACUCUUUUUCUAAUAAUCAACAGACAGAAGUCAUUUAUACAGACUUUGAAAAAGCUUUUGAUAGAAUUGAUCAUAACCGUUUAAUACAAAAGCUUAGGAAAAUAGGUUUUGUCGACCCUUCAUUAUCAUAAUCAAAAGAUUCCAAUUUUUAAAAUAUAAAAAUUUUAAUUCCGAUCCAAUUUCAGUUAUAUCCGGUGUCCCACACGAAGACCACCUCUCCCCGUUAUUAUUCAAUUUAUCCAUUAGCGAUAUUAUUUUUUCAAUUAAACAUUCUAAUAUUCUUCUAUUAGAAUAUGAUGCUAACAUUUUCAAGUGUACAAGGAAUAUAAUAGAUGCUGAACUACUUCAACAAGAUUUAACUAGCAUUCAAAAUUGAUGCAUCUCAAAUGAUAUGUCCCUUAAUAUUAAUAAAUGUCAAUGCAUCACUUUUUUUAAAAAAAAUAAUUUUAUUUUCAAUGACUACGAGUUUUUUUUUAGCCAAAAUUGAUUUAGUUCUACCAAAGUUAAUGAUCUUGGAGUAAUCGUUUAAACAAUAUACGUCAACUCACAGUAAAUGAUAUGUAGAACAUAUUUGUGGAACUUAAUAUCAGAUUUUGAUAUUAAGGACUUAUAUUUUAAUUAUUAUUAUAUCCGUAUGCAGGUAUCUAUUAUAGGUAAUACAUAUAACUGAUAUGGUAGUGAGUGGUAUGGAAAUAAAACUCUUGUGCGAGAGCCGUUAAAAGAUAACUUUUUCGAAUGUCCUUCCCCCGCCCUAACCGCCCGUCAUAUAUUUAAUUUGAUAAUGUUUAUUAUAUAGGUUAUAUAGGUUUAUUAUAUAUAACCUACACAUAAAUUUUUCAAUGAAACGAAAAGAAAAAAACCAGCAGAAAUAAGAUAAUAGUGCUACAAAACGCUCUUGGAUCUGUUUUGUUUGAUAUCGAAACCGGCACGGCGCGGAUUUUAAGCUUAUUAGCAACAGCCAUUAAUAUUGUCACCGCCAGCUUAAACCCACCGCAGUAUUUUAGGAAGCUUCUGUAAUUUAUGCGUAUAAAUUCCGAAAUACUGAAAUAUAAAAAAAAAUACCACUAUAGGUACUUUUAUUUAUUUUAUAUAAUGCAUAUACCUAGUAUAAAAAUAAAAUAAUAUAAAGGACCAACAUUGCAGGUCGUUGGCGCGCAUUUGUCAACUCGUAUAAUAUAGUAUAGUUAUAUAAUAUAACUAUACGAUCGAAUUCUUGUGGGACUACUCGUGCAAUUUUUGCACGGCCAACAUCACACACCGUAACAUUUCUUACAGCGAUUAAUUAGAGAAAAAUAAUUUUGAACGGAUAAAAGCCUUGCCGGGGACGCGUACAAAUCGUUGUUAGGAGAAACUAUCAUGGUAGGUAUAGGUACUACUUAAUGACCGUACCGAGCGGCGAGCACUGCAGCAGGUAUUAAUAUUACACACUUGUGUUUAAUAUAUAAUAUUAAAACGAUAAAUAUACGUUAUCUAUUAUUGCCUCAUAGAGUUUAGACGUAACAAUUAAUAUUCUACAGGUAAAUAUAUAAAUGUACGCCAUGGUAAGUCUAACUUGAAUUUGGUCGUGAUGAUGAACACAAGUGCCUAAGACUUACAUACCUACUUACUUGUAGACGCAAACUCAUCCAAAUUUAUUUAUCGCGGCAAAAAUGUCGUUAGAAAUAAUUACAAGUUUGAAUAAUUUACCUCAUUUCGUUGAUUAAAUCUUCGUGCUUAUACAAGAUGUCCCACGAAAAUAUACCCACUAUAAUAUAAUCAUAAUAAUAAUAAUCGGAUAAUAAAGAUAAUAAAAUACAAAUAUGUUCAUAUUUUAAUUAAAUUCGUGAAUUGUAAUAAUUUUUUUUUGAGUUAAGCCAAAAAAAAUGUACAAUAAAUAUAAGCAAUAAUAUUAAUAAUUAUAUUGUAUUUAUUAUUAUUCCCAUUACCUAUAAAUAAUGCCGGACAAUGCAUUCGCUAUUUGAUUAAUCUUAUUAUAGUUAAUUGACUGUACACUUAUUUUUUGAACUUUCAAAAUUGUUGAAACGUCAACAUUUCAAAAAGAAUAAACUCUAUAAAAUGACUAUCUUCAAGUUUUCAAAAAUAAUAGAAUAAAAGUUAUUUUUCAAGUUUUUUAUCAAAACAUAAAAAUAUUUGAAUAUCUGUAGGCCUUAUCCCUGGAAGUAAUACAAAAAACAGAAUUGGAUUAUCUUUAUUAUUUCCGGAGGUAUUACAACAGGUAUAUCUUCGUGGGACACUAUGUAUAUUAUUUAUAUAAAAUCAAAUUCGAUUUAUGUUGUAUUUUUAUACAAACAUAUUUAUUACAAUCUAGAUAAAACUUUCUACAUUUGGCAUACAAAAUAAGAGGAAGGUUGUUGUUACAAAGAUAUUAUGAUCAUUGCAAUUUAUUGGAAAUUAUUAAUAUAGGAAUUUUAGAUUCUGAGUAUAGCGAUCUUUUACAAAGAUGUUUUUUUUAAAUUUUUUUUUUCUGUGGACAACUUUUCUCCUAAAAGACUUGAUCCGAUUUUUACGCGUAAUAACUUUUAGAGAGGUUAUUUUUCGAUUUUCUCAAAAGUUUUCUUAUUAAAUGCGGAAAACCCGGAAAAAACAUGGGUAAACCGGGAAAAACGUAGUAAAAACGGGAAAAUCAGUACUAUAUUAAACAAAUAUAAUUGAAGAAAAUGUGUAAUGCUUAUUUAAUUAUUUUACCAUAAUACGACGUAUAUUGUUGACAAAGCAUCACUAUCAACUGAUUUCCGAUCAGAAUCGUUUUUAAUAAGCAAUAGUUUUUUGUUGCUUACAGAUACAAAUUAAUUUCCCCUCUAUCAACCUUCCCAACUUUUCACCAAUAAAAGUGGCUGCACCCGUUUCCAUUAUCCUAGGACAGUUUUUUUUUUUGUAAAUCUAAGAAACAAGUAGCUUUAAAAUGUUACAGAGGGCGAGUAGUGGAGCAAUUCAUUUGUGAGACGGCGCAGUGCACUACAUUUAAAUAGUGCCCCACUACACUCUCCCUUGGCAAUAUAAUAUUAUGUAUUUGGAAUUUUUGAUAUUUCAUGUAAGUUACCAUUUAAAAACUAUAAGUAGGUGAUCGGUUCACUUUUGAAAAUAAGAUUAACAAAAAAAAAUGUAGCAUGUAGUAUGUAAUGUAGCAUUUUAGAGCUACUAAUAUAUCUGUACGCAACGAUUAAUCUUUGCUAACGAAAAACGAUUCUGAGUUCAGUUCGGUUAUGUUUUUAAAGUAAUAUUUGAUAAUCAAAUUAUAAUAAAAAAAAAUUCAAAUUACACUUAAUUUUUUUUUUUUUUUGACGAAGUUACAACUUAUAAUGAUCAUUUUGUUGAAUUGUCAAGCAUUUCUGUUUGGUCUAACAAUUUUAACCACAGAGUACCUACUCAGUAAAAAUUACGUAAAAACUCAUUAAAUAAAAAUGUCUACAAAUAGUUCAAAAAUAGCUAAAAAAUUUUUGAAUAUUUUACUAUUUCUAGAAAAGCAAAAAAACAUAAGUUUACUGUUCGAUUUUCAAGUCUCUAGGAAUAUUUUUACUGAAUCACAACAAAAAAGAAAAUUUAAAAUAAUGCAUUGCAUACAUUUUAUCAUUUUUCCUUAGGUUUUUCUUGGUUUUACUCAAUUGUUAUCAAAACCGUAUAGAUAAUUUAAAAAAAAUUACCUCUUUAAAGUAUCACCCGGAUAAAAUUUAUUUUCAGAAAACAUACUACACUUAAAAAUCAGAGCAAGAUUUUUAGUAGAAAAGUUGAUCAUGGUUAAAAAAAAAUAAACUUCAUUUUAAAAUCAAUACAUAUUCACUCCGCUCAGAAUUGAAGAUCAUAAAAUACAGAAAUAUGCAGUACAUGCCAAAAAAAAAAUCAAUAGAUUUCUCGCUACUCUCCGAAUCUAAAAUUACUAAAAUAGCAGAUAACGUGUAUCAUAGAUAAGCUAAAAUAGGACUCUGGUAUAACCACGAUUUAUAGAAACCAUAACCAUGGUUUUAAAUGUACGUAUAUGAUCACAGAAAAGACCUUCGAAAUUUGAUCUAACUUAUAUUAUAAAUUGCGGUGCAUAAUAUAAACCUUUUUUUCUCAAUAUUUAGUUUCAUAUUACAUAUUACAUUUUCUCGAUUCUCAUCAUCUGGACUUUUAUCUAUAAUAAUUGAUAAUACUAUUAUAGAUCAUAUAAAAUUUAUAUAAUCUGAAAUUUCGGGGUUGCCCCCGCUUGUCCCAAACGGACGUUACGCGCAAACAUAAGUGCCCGCCGUACCAAACCACCCCACGGGUGGUUACCCACAUCCGUUUCUGGAUCAUUAACCGUCCUAACUUGUAUAAUCUGUGAUAUUAUCCCGUGUAAGGUUAGUAGUGUUAUCAUCAGUACCGGAUUUAGGAAAUUUGAUGCCCGGGGCUAGUAAAAAUGUAGCACCCUUCCAUAGCAUGAGUUAUGGGGGCCGGGGUGUGCGGAUUGUCAACACAAAACAAAAUGUUUAAAUCGUACUUCAUGUGAAAGUUUUCUUUUAAAUGUAAAUAUUUUAGAUUUUUAUAAUAUGUACUCCAUACAAAGAAAUGGUUACACAUUUUCGUGAUAUUUAAAUUUUAUAUUUUUUUCUAAAAGCCGUGAAAAUUCAUCAAAGAUUAUAAAUGAAGGGCCCUCAUUGAGGCAAUGUUUUUCUUUGACCCAAAAACCAAAGAUCAACAAAAAUUCUGAAUUAAUACAAAGAUAAAUUUUGACAACCUAUCUUAACUAAACCUUGUUUGGUAGUUACUCUGUGGAAAAAAUGAGUAGACCAAACAGAAAUGCUAGAAAAUUUAACAGGAGGUUCAUUUUAAAUCAUAUUUUAUGGUAAAACAAAAUAAUUAAGUUUAAUGUAGUAUUUUUAUUUUGUUUUAGGUAUAUGAAUUUUAGUAUCAAAUUUUGAUAGAAUUUGUAAACAUGACUACCUAAUUUUAAAUAUUAAAUAGCAACUCUAUCACUCGUAUUACACUCAGAAUCGUUUUUUAUUAGCGGUUAUUCGUUGCGUACAGAUAUAUAUUAAAUUUCCCUUCUACCUUCCUAACUUCUCACCUGCAACAGUGGCUCAUCCAUCGUACGAAGUAUGUCCGUAUCUUUUUUUUUUAAAUACAUUAAGUAUUCAAAAUCUAUUAACAUUGUUGAAAUACUGAAGUAAAUAACGUCAAUGGGAAUUUCUCAAAAAAAAAAAAAUAUAUUCUUCGUCGUCGUAAGAAUCAGAUAAGAUGGUUCGGGUCCGGGAAGAUAAAAAUAAGAUGAAAAAACCAAAAGAAAACGUAUAAGGUUAAAGGACGCCUUUAUAUCGUUAGAUCUAUCGUUUCGAUUUCUUUCUUCGGUAUUCUGUGUUCCUAUUGGAAACCGAGCGGGAGAAAAAAAUCCCUAUCCUUUAUGUGCACGCGCGUUUGCCAAAUAGAAUAAACAGAGACAAACAUACAUAGGCGAACUCAUGUACGCACGCAUAUUCGCGUAUAUUUGUUGUCGUUAUAUCUAGCUUGUAUCAUUGAAAUCUCAAAUUAAUCAAAUUUCCAAUAAAGUCUGUUAUGUGACGACGAAAGUGGCAAACCAUCUGAGUGUGCACAUUUUUUACAUUGUAAUAUAUUAGUAUUACAAUAAUAAUAUUAGAAAAUGAAACGGAUAAUAUUCGUAUUGAAAAAUAAAAAUACAGACAUAUAGUAAUAUUAUUAUUAUAUUAUAAUUUUGUCAUUGGGAGGAGGUAGGUGAUUAUAUGCGAUCAUAUUAUAUAGGGGAUAUUUUUAAUUACACCAUAUUAUAUUUAUUUAAUUAUUUAUUAAUUUGUGUAUCACAUUUAUUUGUUUUCAUUUAUUUUAUAAAUUAUAGUACGCAAUUUUACCGUUAGAUAAAAAUACCUUUAAUCAAAAUUAUUUAGUUUUUCUUACCGAAUUCAGCCAUACAAGAAGUAUUGGAAUCGAAUAAUUUGUCAGUAAAAUAAUUUAUAAAAAUUAAUUUGUGCCAUUGUUGGUACAAUAUGUGGAAAAGGGUUAACAAUUAAAAGUUAAUUAGCUGUAAAUGUAAGGAAUUUAAUAUUAUUCUCUUCCAAUACAAAUGGUAUUUAGUGUUUACUAUAGUUGUGAUCGUAAACGAAAAAUACGUACUAGUUGCGGUCAUUCAAUAAAAAGGUUACUAAUUACGGCUUUACCUAUCAUAUCAUAGGCCUAAUCUGUGGUAAAUUCUUGGGAAGGAGGCAGGCUAUGGAAAAAUUAAAAAUCUAUUACGUAUAAUAAAAGAGGAGAUUUUACCCCAUUUCUCGAAAUAUAUUUUUCUCAAUAUAUAUAUAUAUAUACAAAUCAGUAUUAUAAUAAUGUGUAAAAUAAGAAUAUUAAUAUAAGAUUUUUUUUUAAAUUACGGCAUGAUAACGAUUUCAUUAUUUUAAAAUUUUACGCUUUCUACCAAAAAUAAUAUUGCUUCAAUAGAUAUACAUCAAAAGAUUUACUUGACAGAAAUACAUGCAUGUAUUUCAAUAUAAAACAGUGACUUUCAAGUGACUGUUUUACUGCAAGUUGCUAAUUUAUUACUUUACCGCUUAUUUUUUAAUUUACAAAAUACACGAGCUUUUUAAAGCUUUUCUAGUAAAAAUUCCAAGUCAACUCUAUAGAGAGGUAGUACAUUUUCAACAAUAUUAAUUCAAUUAAUAUUUGUACAUAUUAUAUAAAUUAUAUGUUAAUAUGAUAUGGAUAGGUUAGGUUUUUUGCAGUUUACUUUGCGAUAUCUGUAUUUGAUUUAAAUGUUUUAUAUUAAUGUGAUAUUAAAUAAAAUGUUUUAUUGUUAAUAUGUUUAGGAAAAAAAUUAAAAGAAAAUUAAAUUACCCAAGCAGUUAAUGAUGAAGAGACUUGAAUCCAAAAAUUAACAUAUUAAAGUUUUAUUAUCUAGUUUAAGACGGUGUAUACUUUGAUUUUACUGGCAGUUACUGGAAAGGUAUUUAACAAACUAAUGUAAAUGUAGCAUAAUAUGUUUUGAAACUUUAAUAUAGUUAUUGAAUACAAUGUAUUGUAUUUUUUGAUUCUGAGUGUAACGAGGAAUGUAUUGAUUUUAAAAUGAUGUUGAUUUAUUUAUUCAUUUUUUUUUUAUGUAAACACUUUUGCUACUAGAAAGUAUAUUCCGAUUAUCAAGUAUAGAACCUUUUCUGAAAGGAAAUUUUCUCUGGGUGGUACUUUAAUGGGAUCAUUUUUUGAAAUUCUCAUUAAUAUUCGAUAUAAUGAAGAAAACCUUGGUCUUUAGGUUAAAAAAGAUUGAAAGAUUAAAAAUAAGGUUGUCAUUGUCAACCUUUUUUGUUUAUUUUUUGUUAUUAUUAAGUUUUAUUAUUUUAAUAUUUUUUAAACAAUAAUUGUUGUCAUGGAAACGCACAUUUUUUCAAUCAUUUUACCAUAAUAUGAUAUGAUACCAUAUAUUGUAUUAAUAACAAAGCAACAUUAUCAACUGAACUAGGCUCAGAAUCGUUUUUUGUUAGCAAUGGUUACAGAUAUACAUUAAAUUCCCGUCUGUAUCCUACCUUCCCAACUUCCCACACACAACAGUGGCUGCACCCACGUGCAAAGUAUGUCCGUCUUUUUUUUAUUUUUACAUUUUACUGGUGGCUUACAAAGAAUAAUAUUAAAAUUGUUACGGAUCAAAAGGGUCAAAAGGAAAAGCACAGCCAUCAACUAGUAAAAAUUCCAUGAUACUAUUGGACUUUGUUUUGUGUCUUAUACCCAACCUCUUUGAUGCUAUAAGAAUUUAGUCAAAAUCAUUAUUUCAGAGGAUUUUAUUCAUUCUUUAAAUUCAUAUAACUUUAUUGACAUCGCAGCGUUAUAAUGCAUAAAUACACCAUAAGUACAAUUUCUGAAUAUAGUUUUAAGUUUCUUAAUUUCCAGUGUAAUAGUAGCGAUGGUUGGUGGUUGGAUUAUAUGCUGUGGGCAAAUUAAAUUUAUUUUGCCAUAUAAUACAACAUAAAAAGAAUGAGCAAGCACUAAAUUAUAUUAUAAUACUAAAAAAUCAAAUAUUAUAUUAUGAUUAUUUCAUUUUUACUUUAUUUAAUUAUUAUCCAUUAAAAAAUGGAAAUAUGUGAGGCUUUGUCGGUAGAUUAUAAGUCUGUUUUAAUAUGAUAUAUUUGAAAAUUAAUUAAUGAAUGUAAUAAAAAAGAGUAAUGGAAUAGUUAAAAAGCCAAAGUCUUGGUUGGUAGAUAUAGUAAAUUGAAAAAAACGACGAGUCCCCCCCUCCCAAAAAAAAUUGUUUAGAUAAUCGAUAUUAUAAUAAUACUACUAUAUAUCUACUUCAAAGUUCAAUGGACAAUAGGGCGACAGGGGUAUAAGUUUAAAUGUAAUAUUUCUAAUAUCAGUUCAGAAUAAUUACGAAAAUAAUAUAACAUAAUACAAAAUAAUAUUUUAACACGGUGCAUUGUGAUAAUAUUAGUUAUAUCAUUAUAAUAUGGUUGAUUAGUGAACAGAUAGAUUAUACAUGUAUGUUUUUGUAUUCGUGUAUUAUUACCGAUUAAAUCACUAUACUUGUAAGGACCGUUAUUAUGUGUGUACCACAUUAAGCGGUUAAAAUACCGCGUUGCUCAUCUAUAAAGGAACAAUCUGUAAUAUUAGAUAUGUGUUGAAUAUUAUAAUUUUGUGAAUGUAAAAAAAUCUAUUUUUUUUUUGCACACAACAAGUUGUUUAUAGAUAAUAAAAAGAAGAGCUGAUAUUAGGGACGGGCGCGGUUACUGUUGUAAGUGGGUAAUGGGGAGGUUGAGAUACAUAAAGUUAUUUUAUUUAUAUAUUUAACCAAUGAUAAAUCAUUGCUAAUGAAAAACUAUCCAGUGCGAAGCUCGAUUAUACAUGUUUUGAAAGGCUGUAAUAAUUACCAUUUUAUUCAAAAUUUGAUUUUAAAACUUAUAUAUAUACAUAUAUAUAUAUAUAUAUAUAUAUAUAUGUAUAUAUUUAAGAUAUAUACACAUUAUACAGGGUGAUUCACUAAGCGUAGAAUUUUUUUUAAUUUUUUUAAUUCUUAAGUGUAGUUAAAGCCAAUAUUUUCGAAUAGUUAAAUUUUUCACAACAUUUAAGGACUAUCCUGUGAAGAUACUAACUUUGGUUUUUCAAAUGAGAACCUAUGUUAAAAAUGGCUUUAAUAGACGGAAUACCUAUUAAUUUAAACAAAUUAAGGUGUCAACAAUUUUGAUUUCCGUUCAACCGGUUGACGAGAUAUCCCACUUUUAAGUUUAGGUAGGGGAAGAGUAGUGGAGCAAUAAUAAAACGCCGCAUGCCUUGCAACCACACAAAGGAUACUCCACUAAUCUCCUACUAUCUAAAUUCAAAAGUGGAAUAUCUCGUCAACGGGUUGAUGGAAAUCAAAAAUGUUGACACAAAAAUUUGUUUAAAUUAAUACUCCGUUUUUUUAUGAAAUUUUUAAUAUAGAUUUUCAUUUGAAAAAUCACUGUUGAUAUCGCUACAGGAUAAUCCUUAAAUGUUGUGAACAAUUUAAGUAUUCGAUUUAUUUUUAAGCUUUUUUAGCUUUAACUACACUUAAAAAUUAUAAAAGUCAGAAUUUGAUUAUACCGAGUGAUUCAUUCAAGUGGGUACACUUAUUAUCUCGGAGAGUAUUAAAUUUUUUCGGAAUUUGUUUCCUAGAGCAUUUAAGAAAUAACCAGUUUUACAAUUUUAUAUUUAUGUUAAUUUUUGUAUCCCUUAUUUUUGAGGGUAAAACCAUUACCUAAUUUUGAUUUUCAAAUCGCAACCUAUAUUAAAAGUUUCAUAAAUAGAUGGAGUAUUAGUUAAAAUAAAUUUGAGUGUUGACAUUUAUAUUUCUGUCAAGGCGUUUCGAGAUAUUCCACUUUUAAUUUCAGGUUAGAGGAGAGUAGUGGUGCAUUAAUAACGGACUGGGCGCCGUAUCGCCAGGUUAGGUUAGGUGAUUUUUAAGGUAUAUAUAAGAAUUUUUCCUUUUUUUGAUUCUCAGUGGAGCGAAGAAGCUUAUAAUUUUACAAAAAUGUAUAAUAUUUUAAAUACAGUCGAAUCCGCUUUAUUGGGACACAUCGGUUGCAUUUUAUUUUGUCCCAAUAAAGCGGUUGUCCCAAUAAUCCGAAAUACAAAAAUGACAAAUACAUUUUUUGAAAUUGUUUUACUAUUGACUUUAUUUAAAUUUUUUAUUACAUUACAAAAAGAAAAACACAGUAUUAUAACUUAGUUAUUUAUAAAAAUACAUAUAUACAUAAUUAAUAUAAAGUACAUAUAUACACAUAUAUAAUGUACAUUGUAUUUUAUGUUAUUUAAAAAAACUAUGAAUAUUACUUUGUUUCUUGCGUAUUAUUGAUUGUUGACGAAUGUAGUCCGAACAAGCAUCCAAAGCAUUUAUGGGGCUUCCCUCAUUUUCUUGUUGAAGAAAAAAUAGUCUCCUUGUUUCCAAACAUUUCUUUGCCUCUUGUAGUCGAAUUGGUGGAUCUGGUUCCUCGUCUGUAUCUUCAUCCGAAUCAUGUUUAUCUUGUAUGGAUUGUAUAAUUGCAUCAUCAACAUUUUCGUUUUGGUCAUAGCAUUGCACAUUUGAAUCCAGAUGUUCAAAUUCUACGUUGUUCAGUACUCUUACAAUAUCAUAUUCUUCGGAAUUUGGUUCUAAUUGUUGAUCGAUGGUAUGAUAACCACACUUGCGAAAACAAUUUUUAUCGUCUGACUGCUUACAUCACGCCAGCUGUCUGAAAUGAAUUGAAUUGCUUGCAGGAUAUUAAUUUUUUUACUGAUAUCUAUUGCCGUUGAUUGUGGUUCAAGUAAAUUAUCUUCAAUUUUUUCUAAAAUGUAAUUGACCAAUGUUGCUCUAUACUUAACCUUUAAAUUUUGGAUAACACCCAUAUCUAAAGGCUGAAUUAGUGACGUUGAAUUAGGAGGUAAAAAUUCAAGUUUGAUGUUUUGAAAGAUACAUUAGGAUGGGCAGUACAGUUGUCUAAGAUUUUUAUUUGAGUGAUACUCAACUGGUAAUUUUUGUAAAGAAAUUUGUUGAAAACAACGUGGUUUUUUACUUUUUCCGAUCACUAAAGCCUUUUUUUGUCAGUCCCACUUACGUUCACACAACACAGUACUGUUAUUCUCUCCAUAGCUUUUUUUGAUCCAGCUAUCAAUUCGUGUUUAAAAUAAAGAGAACCAUCUGGUGUUGCACGAUAGUGUAAUUCGGUUUCAUCUGCAUUAUAAAUAUCUUCGAGAGAAAAUUUUGCAAGAAUCUGUGGAAGUUUUGUAAGUUUCCAUUCAUCGGCCCCAUCAGAAUUUGCACUAGCUUUUUCGCCAUGUGCUCUUUUAAAUUUUAUGUCGUGUCUUACUUUCCACCUAGAUAACCAACCUUCGGUGGCUUUGAAUUCGUCGUUACCAAGUUUUCUAGCAAGGUCUUCGGAUUUAGCUUUUAAUAUUGGACCUGACACUUGAACGCCCCGGCUAGUAGCCAGUGUAAACCACUGAGUCAGUGCCUCAUCUACAUCUGAAUGUUUACCCUCUCGUUUCCUUUUCCGUGUUGUCACUUGGCUAAGAGCUUGUUUUCGCAAAACCUGUUCUUGAAGUUGAAUUCGUGCGAUUGUUGAUUUCGGUAUUCCUAAAAUUUCCGAAAGACAACGAGUACUACAGUAGCUACACGAGUACUACGAGUACUUGGUGGCUGUAAUUUAAUCUUGUCGAUAAUUUCUAAUUUUUGCGCGAGCGAUAAAUCUUUACGCACACGAGACAUCGUUAAUACACGCGACAAACACGAUUGAUGCACCAAAUAACAUUCAACGAAUUCAACGAAGAGGAAAAAUUUCCUUUGUGAACAUACGAUAAGAUAAAAAUUAAUCUAAUAACGCGAGUCGGUCGCGAUUUUCGAACUACUGAUCUAUUAAUAUACUCGAUAAAAAUGUCCCAAUUAUCCGAAUUCGUGGCCCAGAUAAGCGAUGAACGUUUACCCUACAAGUAUACAUUUGUUUUCGUAAUUGAAGAAUUAUCCCUAUUAAGCGGUUGUCUUUAUUAACCGGUGUCUCUAUUAAGCGGAUUCGACUGUAUAUUGUUUUUACUAAGAUGUUUAUUUUUAAUAUUUUUUUUCAUUCUGUGUUUAAAAAUUCUACCAGAAAUCUUGCUCAGAUAUAUACGUGGGGCACCAUUUCUGAAAGGGAAUGUUGUCCAGAUGGUACUUUUAGGAGGUCAUUUUUUGAUUUUUCUAGUGGUUUUCAUAUCAGAGAAAAACCAGAAUAAAACAUAAGAAAAACGGGAAAUGUAUGAAAAUAAUACUUUUAUUAUUUUUCAAUUUUGUUUUGUGUUAAAAUUUAGUUUAAAAUAUUUGUGUCAACUUUAUGACUUGAAAUUUGAACAGAAAACUCAUAUUUACCUUUUCUAGAUGUGGUAAAAUGUUCAAAAAAUUUAAGCCAUUUUUGAGCUAUUUAUAGACAUUUUAAUUUUGAAAGUUUUUGUACGUAAGUUUUAUUCGGUAGAUUUCCGAAGAGUUUUCUCAGCAAAUGUGAAAAACCGGGAAAAACAUGAGAAAACUAUGUAAAAUUGCAGAAAGAACGGGAAAAUCAGUACAAUAUGAAACAAAUAUUAUUAUAGAAAAUAUAAAAUGACUAUUUUAUCAUAAUAUGACAUAUAUUUUAUUGACAAAGCAUCACUAAUAACUGAACUUCGCUCAGAAUCGUUUUUUCGUUAGCAAUGAUUUAUCGUUGCUUACAGAUAUGCAUUAAAUUCCCUUCUGUAUCCAACCUUCCCAACAUCCUACUUAUAACAGUAGCCGCACUUGUGUGCGAAGUAUGUCAGUCUUUUUUUAUCUGUUAUGUUCAAUUAAAAUAUAAAUAUCGUGAAAAUAAGUAAUUUGUGUAAAUUCCUGCACUCCAUGUUAUAGUAAAAUAGUUUAAAAUUACAUAUAUUGCACUUGAUAAAAAAUAAAAUACAAAAUUAUAAGUAGUUUAAAUAAAAAUAUUUAAUUUAACAAGAAAGGCUGAAAGGCUAAAGAUUCAAAUCUUUAUUAGCAAUAGCCGUUAAGCAUCUAAAUGGCUCGUUUUUUAAGUAAUUGGUUUUAAAUUGGUAAAUAUGAAUAGACAUAGGUGUAUGGGUAUAAUAUUACGGGACAUUGAAAUUUAUAAGUGAUAGAGAGGAGGAUUGGGUUAUUCUAUUAGAUAACAAAUCACCUUAAAAAUUCUUAUCUAAAAUCCAUCAACUAAAGAUUCUAUGUCAAAAACCUUUGAGAUAGUAGUGUAGUCGUAAGAAGAACAUUGUAAUACCUAAAAUAAAACUAUUAUAUCUCAAGAAUUUGCGUUACUCUCUUUCGAGUUGCAUAUAAUCAUUUGCAGUGGGGCCUAAAUUAUUAAGCCGUACUCUAAAAUAGGCCCCACUAGGGCACAGUACAAUGUCUUUAUCGUGUUAUUUAAGGUAAACUCUUUAGUCAUUCUCAUAACAAAUCCAAGAUUUCACAUACAGUAUAUCAUAUCGAUAUAGGUUCUAUAUCUAUAUAGUAAUAAUAAUAAUAAUAAUAAUAAUACGGCGCGUGGCGCGUGAUAUCAAUUGUAAAAUGUUUAAUCUCUUAUUACCUUUUAUAUUAUAUAAGAUAUAAAUGCUCUUUUAAUGAUUAUUUAUGGUGAAACUUUUUCUCACUCACGGAUUAACAAGUCUCUCGUCAUUUUCCGCGAGGUGUAGGUGUAAUAUAGUGGUAGAUCACGGGUAUAGGUAUACGACGACACUGUUACAGCAACUUUACGGGUCCGAUGGCCGGAAUAAAAACAAAAUAAAGAAAUUAAUUUUUUUGCACCAAAGACAAGACAGUUUUUAUAUAUAAACGGCUUUGAGAAAGAAUUAUUAUUGUUCAGUUUGGAAUAAAGUUUUUAAUAAAAUAUAAUGUCUUUCGACCAUAGAUAAGGUCUUUAAUAUAUAUAUAUACUUAACCUUACCAUUACAUAAUCCUCAUUGCCUGCUUCUAAAGUGACAGAUAAAAAUUUAUACUCGAAAGAAUAAUAAUUGCUGUCAUAGAAACACCACCCCACGCGUAUAAGGUUGAAGAAUCUCUUCAGGUUUCUCGUCAGCCGUCAAUUAUAUUAAUUUGACUACUUUUGGUCUAGAAAUCUAAUUCGUAAAUAUAGGCAUCUGUAGAGAGAGAAUACGUCAAAAACAUUUUAUAAAAUUUGGUAUGGGGUUACUUCGGACUAUAAAAAACGUUUUUCGUUUAGUAAAAUUCUUCCAUUGAUAUAAAUAGUAAUAUAUCUACCUACUUAAGAUGAUUGGAAAACUAUACUAAACAAUUUAAUAAACUUUAUUUAAAUUGUGCAAAAAUAUUGAAGUAUUGUUUUAUUUACAUUUUACACGUCUGUUAAUAAUAUUAUACUGCAGUAUGAAAUGAAACAUACUCAUUAACCUAGUACUUCCGCUUUGUUCAAACAAAUUUCAUUAUGAUAACAUUAUAUUUUUAAAAUAACCUCAAUAAUUUGAAAAGUUAAUGUACAUAGUAUUGCUGGAAACAAAGUUUUUAAAAAGUUAUAUUGAUUAAGUAUAAUUAAUCGAAUUUUUCGCUCGACAUUAUUAUAAUACCUGAAAACGAAAUCGACAUUGUGAAUUAAAUAUAAAGUUUAUUUAAAAAAAAUAUUUUAUCCGACUAUAAAUAAAUAUUUUAGUGUUUAAUCUUUGAAAAAUUAUUAUUUCGGAUACACCUCGAAUUGUUGACCACAAUAGGUUUCUUCUGUUAUAUCCAUAUUUAUUCCCAGAAGUAUUGUGUUGCAUUAGAGGUAAAACUACUAUAUUGUGAAAUGGCUUGACCGGACGACACACACAGUAAGAAUUUUGAUAGAAUAUAAUAUUUUCUCUCAACCGUUUACCUAUAUAAUUUAAGGUAAAGUGACCUCAAAAAGCUUUGUAUGGAAUACGUAAAAAAUCCAUACCAAAACUCCCACGAGAUUCAAAGUUUUAUUGACCUCCAACACGAUAUGUUGUUUUGGGAUACAUUUGAUUUUAGGCACUAAAGUAUACAGUUUUAUUAUUAGACACUUAAAUCGUGUAUAAAAUGGUUAAACAUACAACAUACAAUAUUUUUUUAUUUAUCAAACAAAAGUUAUUUUGCAAUAAUUUUUUUCUAAAACUUUUAUCUUUUUCCCUGAGUAAUAAUAAAAAUAUAAAACCACAUAUUUUUCAAUACAUUUUAUGAAUGAAAACGAUUUCGAGGCUAUUUUAAAUCAUGUCAAAUAAUUUAGCUUUACUAAAAUAUCAAAUUAUUUUUAAAUUAAAACAUUUAAAACAAAAUAUAAUAUAUCUAUAACAGUUAAAUAAUAAUCUUAUACUUAACGUUCGAAAAAUAGUUCAAUCUAUGAUGUAAUUGAUCUGUACUCCGUUUCAUUAGCUUUACAUAUGUAUGUCUUUUUUAUCUGUCAUUAUGGUUAGAUUAUUGGGGAAAAUGUUAAAACAAAUAAUAAUGAUAAUUGAUCUGAAUAAUACAUUUUAAAAGAAUUUUUUUUUUUAAUUUCCACAUUCCUAGUUAUAGUUUAAUUUAUGUUUAAUUAUACCAAUCGGCCAGUGGCGUCGAAGUAGUAUUAAAAUAGUCGGGCAAACUUUUCAAAAUAGAUAAUACAAACGAUAACCUACCUUAAAAUAAUUUCAUAAAUAAUAUAUUUGUCUAUAAAUAGCUUAAAAACGGCUUGAAUUUUUAGAAAAUUUUACCACGUGUAAAAAAGAUAAAUAUAUUUUUUUUGUCCAAAUUUCAAGUCCAUAAAGUUGAUACGAAUAUUCUAAACUGAAUUUUAAUAAAAAACAAAAUAGAAAAAAUAAUAAAAUAAUUAUUUUUGUAAAUUUCCCGUUUUUCUUAAGUUUUAUCUUGGUUUUUCUCAGAUAUUCGGAAAACCGCUUCGAAAAUCAAAAAAUGACUUUCUAAAAGAACCAUCUGGUCAAUAUUUCUUUUCAGGAAUGGUGCCGUACGUAUAUAUCGGAGCCAGAAUUUUGAUAGAAUUUUUAUACACAGUAUAAAAAAAAAGAAAUAUUUUUAUAAAACCAAUACAUUUUUCGCUACAAUCAGAAUUUUAUAAUUAGAUAAUUUAAUGUAAUCAUUUUAGAUAUUAGAUAGUAGCGAGGGAUUUAUUGUUUUUACUACAAUGUAUGUGUUUUUUCUUUUGACUGUAAACAACUUUUCGAAAACAAAUCUUGUUCCACGAUGUAUAAAGUGUAUCACCUUUUCUAAAAGUAAAUUCAAUCAAGUUGGUAAAUUAAAGAAGUUCCUUUUAAACAAUUUAUUAUAAUCUAAAUAGCUAACUAAAUUUAUUGAUUAUUACAUAACAAAACAAUAAUAUAUUCAUAAAAAUAUUAUAUAAUUAAAUAUUUUUUAUUUUUACAAAUAUAUACACGGCUGUAGAUAGCCGUGAUAUUCACUAUUCAGCAUUAUUAUGGAAGACGUUAUACAUAUGAAUAGCUAUUUUAUUAUCAUUAACUAAGAACGUCGUCGGUUUUAUUUAAUAUUAAUUAUCAUUAAUUAAAAAUAAUUUAAAUUCUUUAAUAUUUUAAUAUAAAUGAUUGAGAUGGUAAAACCCUCCUAUAGCUCGAAUUAGUCGCUGAGGAGCAGCUCUCCAUUUUGCCUCCCCCGUAGACACGCCUAUAUAGCUCAAAAGACUAUCUAUUAUAUUUUUAUUUUUGCCGAAUAAACGUGAUUUUUACAGCUUCCAACGAGUCACGUGGAGCGUAUUACACGGUCGUAAAAUUACUCGGUAUAGAAUUAUAUAGGUACGAACUGAGGUGACAAAAAAAUGUACACAUACAUAUACUCGUAGGUAUAAUAUAUUAGCAGUAGUAGUGUACUAGUGUGACGCGACGCACGAGUGAAAAGAUCACGUCAGACCUUUGUGGUGUUGUGGUGAGAGCAUGCAGGGUAAACGAAGGGAAACGAUCGUUGCCUACACCGCACCAUGUAAUCACUUCAUUUCGAAGGCGCAGUGCGUCACGGGGUCGCGGUAUAUAAUAUGGCAGACGAAAGCGACCCGUCAAAGGGUAAUGGUUAACUUAACGGUUACGUUACGCCAACCGGUAAAUACGGUAUAAUGUUGCACAGUGGCUGACAGUCUUGAAAUUAGACACUCGCCGAUUGUGUGCAUAAUGAGUAGUGUAGCAGGUAGCAGUAGUAAUAGUAAUAUGGUAGAGAUGAUAGUAAUGGUAUAGAAACCGUAGGUAUGUAGACGUAUUAUAGCCCUGUUUGGGUACAAAAUGUAUUAUAAUAUCAAUAUGCGUAGUGUGCGUACAGUAAUCAGCGAAUCAAAGUUAACUGCACGUACCUUAUACAAUAAAUUGCACCGGUCAUCGUCUCCGUCAUAGACAUAUUAAUAUAACUGGACCAGAAGUGAGAGAAACAACUUUUAUUUAAGUAAUAGCUGCCCACCAAGUGGGUUGCCAAAAGACACAGCAUACUAAUCAAAUUCAAUACUCGAAUACAUAAGACAGUUUUAAAUGUACAAUACAAAUCAGUAAUUUUAUAAUUUGUAUAAUUUUCUAAAAAUAGCAUAAAUUCAUCGAAAUUCACAUUGAAACUACGUAUACUGUUGCAAAAAACAUUUAAGAAAAUAUUAUUAAAGGAAAAAUUAUUUACAAAGUCAGUUAUAUUUUCAAAUACUUAAUAUGAUAAUUUUUAAAUUUAUCUAUUUAAUCUAGAAUGGAAAUAUUAAAUUUAAAAUUAUUUUUUAGAAUAUAUACAGAAAACAAAAAUAUCAUAUUAAUUUCAUCCAUGAUAAGUACUGCUUUAGAGAUAUCGUUUUUUUAACAAAACUUUUAUUAUUUUUAAACCGCCUGGUUAAAGAUAUAUUUAUAAUUCAAACCUUUUGCGGUAGAUCUUGCUUUAUAAAAUAGUUUCCUGUUGAUAGACGUCAUCUGAUCAUUAAAAUAUAUAUUUGUGUCCUUCCAAUUGAUGUCAAUGUUCUUUGAAAUCAGUUUUUGUUUUUGGCAAAUUCCAUAAUUUUAUGUUUAUCAUCAAGUGAGUUACAGUGUAUUGAUAGUUUUAUUGGUUUAUCCAUAAUAUUUAAAGGCAUUCGAAAAACAUUAUUCAUUGCAACAUUUAUACCCAAUUUAGAAGUAAUUUUUUUUUUGUAUUUGUAUAAUUUUUUUUUUUCUCAGCUACUCUAGUUAUCUCUAUAAAUUACAAUUUAACAUUAUUUGCUCGAACAUAUCAAUAACAUCUGAUAGUAAAGAUAAUACACUGCGAAGAAACAUAUUUUCUUCUUUAAUUGACUUAUUUUUAUCUUUUAAGCAAUUAACUGUUGGUAUCAAAUGUUUUAUCUGUUGUCCAAAAUUAUCAAAUUGAAUACUUAAAUACUUAACAGAUUCAAUAAGAUCUUUUAAGGUUUCAUCAAAAAUAUCGCGGAUUCUGAUAGGAGUAUUAAUUUGUGUUUAUUUUUUCUUUAGAAUGACUUUCAUAUGAGUUUUUUUCUGAAAAAAUAUUUACUUUUAAUAUUUUAUUUUGACUAAUUACUUUUUAUAAUAAAAAUUAUACUAGUAUUUAUCUCAAUUUUUAGUACAAUUCAGGGCUGGAUCCUAAGGGGGGGGGGGAGAGCGAUUAAGUAAAAAAAAAUAAAUAUUUAUUGCAAAAUAAUGUGCUCCAAAGCACAUUGAAAGUAUUGAGAAUCUGUGUGUAGUCUCAAUAAUUAUUUUUCGAAAUUUAAAUUCUCAACAAAUAUUUUUAACUGAAUCAAAAUAAAAACGUUUUUCCCAUUUCUUAUGAACUAUUAUAUAACAGCUGAGAAAAUUAAAAAAUGACCUUCUUAAUGCGCCAACAAGAUAAAAUUCCUUUUCAGAAAAGGUGUAUAAAAGGUUAUACAUCGGAGCAAGAUUUCUGGUAGAAAAAUUGUUCAUCACAUAAAAAAAAAAAAAAAAAAAAAAACAAUAAAUCUCUCGCUACGCUACAAAUCUAAAAUAUACGUUCCACUCCCAAUCACUCCUCUAUUAGUUUAUUAGUUUCAUAUAAUGUAUAGACUAGUCUGAAUUGAAUAUAUAAAAUAAAUGGACUUUUGGACUUAAAAGAAAAAAAAUGUGAACCAUGAUUUUGAAUUUCCAUUAGAUAAGCAUUAGAAUGAUUCUGCUACUAUUACUGAUAUACGAGGACUAAUCAAAAAGUAUCAAGACUGAUAGUAUCAUUCGGAAAAGGAGCGUCGAAGAGCAGUAGGAUUGGUAUCACUUGCUUCUAUGACUUUUUCNUCUUCGGUUUGAUUUCACUGAUAUUUUUGUAAAAUAUAUUUUUCGAGUUUGGCGAUUUUGUAAUAAACCCAAAAGAAGAGUAACUUGACAGAUUUGGAGAUUUUAGAAAAUUUGUCUGCAUUUUUUUCCAGUUUCAGAGGGAUGCAACAUUUCAUGGUUUUUGCCAUUAAAUGUCAAUUGAAAAACUGAAAAUAUACCCUCGAGUGGUAGCGAGUUCCGCUUCUUUUGGAUUCAUUACGAAAUCGCCAAACGUGAAAAACAAAUUUUAGAAAAAUAUUGUUAAAUCAAAACGAAGAAGUUUAUAGAGAUUUUAUACGAAUAGAUGUGCUCAGUAUAAGUCAUAGAAGCUAGGUUUACAAAUCGUUUUGCUCUUCAACGCUCGGUUUCCGAGUAAUAUUAUCAGUCUCGAUACUUUUUGAUUAGCCCUCGUAUAGGUUGUCCUACGAAGAUAUACAAUUAGUAGUAGUAAUAAAUAUUGAAUAUUUCCGGAGAUAUUCAAGGAGUAUAUAUCUUCAUGGGACAGCCUGUAUGUUGGAUGUUAAUGAAUAAAUAUAUUCAAUUUAUAUAUUUUAGCAACAAUAAGCCUUUUUUAAUGAAAAACAAAUUCCGCAAUAUUUAUGAUUUUCAUCGAAAUUUAAUCUAAUAAUUUAUAAAGUAAAAUUUACUAUACACAACACUACAUUUUUUUUGACGACGACUAAGAAUAAACUUAUAAUAAACCUCCUGAUAAAUUUUCAAGAAUUUCUAUUUAGUCAAACAAUAAUAUAUAUAUAUAUAUUACCUACCAAAUAAAAAUUAUGUAAAAAGGGCAAGGAUAAUAUGCCUAUAAAUAACACAAAAAUGUCGAAAUAUACUUAAAAUUUAUUUACGUUUAGAAAAGACAAAUAUGUCUUUCUAUAAGUAUUUCUGUUAAAAUUUCAAGUCUCUAUGAACCUAUUUUCGUAAACUUUCCCGUUUACAAUUAUUUCUAACAAAAAUCGGUAUUCCAUUCAAAUUUUCGUUUAUGGAGUUUUUAUCUUGGGUUUCCCUAGUUAUUAAAAAAACUAUAAGGAAAAUUAAAUCACCCUUAUAGUGAUGAUCAGAUCGAGAUUCUUAGCAGAAAAGGUGUUUACGGAUAAACACAAAAAAAACAUACAUCUUAGUAAAAUCAAUUUUAUUUUCUCGCUAUUGCUGAUACUAUUACUUCCUUGGAAAGGCUGUGAUGGUCUUAGAGUCUAAACUCUAGGAUUUACACAGCACCAGGUUGAUAAUAUUGAUACAGCGUAAAGAAAAGACGCUGUGCAGCGCCGUAUGAAGGAUGGGCUACGUACAAGUUGUCAUUAGUUGUGCUGUUCCAACACCAUGGAACACCUUGUCGAGGAAUGCUCGGCACACUAUUUUCCAAGAGGAAUGAAAUACACGCAUAGGAAGGGGGCGUUGUUUGAUGACUGACUGAAUUAGAAAAAGAAGUGUGAUCCUUAUACAUAUUAAAUUUAUUAUAUUUAUUUGUUUAUUACAUUAUUUAUUUUUAGCUAUAUUAGACAUGUUUAAUAAUUGUUGUCACCUAAAUUUAUAUUUGAAAUAUUUAUUUAUGUUUGUUAAUUGUAUUAUUACUAUUUGGAUAAGACCAUACAAUAUAAUAUAAUAUAUUUACAAUAUAAUAUAUAUAUUUUUGCUACACUCCGAUUUUAAAAGUGUUUAUCGAAAAAUUAAAAUGAGUGAGUAAAUUAUUAAACAUAUCGACUUUACAUAUUAUCAAGUUGGGAAAAAUAUGAAUUUUAUAGUGCCCUCUAAAAUAAAUUAUGACGGUUUUGCUUAAAAAAAAAAAAAAAAAAACAAAUUGAUAAUUAAAAUAAUGAUAUAUUUAUAUGCACUUUAUAUAAUAUUAUUUGUAAAACGCACAAAUGAAUUGAGUGGGAGUACGAGGUUCCCUAUAAUUAUUAUGGUUUACGAACUUAUGGCUUCCAAAUAUGUUAGUUAUACAAAUAUCUCAACAAAUUAAGUUUACUAGAAGUUGGUAUUAAACAUUAUUAUUUCAAGUAUUAUUUAUAAUAUUAUAUUAUAAACUUUAUGUCAAAUUGAAGUAGAACAUCGGGCAAAUAUCCAUCAAUUGAAAUUUAUAUCCAUAAAAUGUUACACUAUUUUGCAGUGUGUGUGUCUAUAUUCUAAUUUAAAGCUUAGUCACGAAUUUUAAUUAUAUUUUUCUUAAACGAGCUAAAAAUUCACAAUAAAAAGUGCUAAAACCCUUUCCGUUUUUUCGUGAUUUCAGAACGAUUAAAAGUUCAAUUCUGACUAUUCUAUAUCAUUGGUGUAUUAUAAUUAGCCCGCCGAAAAUUACCAGGAAAAUCAGAAUUAAUAAUAUUACGCGAAGUUCUCUCAAUCCUUUAUACACCCUUAAUCGAUUUACUUCAAUGUAAAGUGAUUUAUUUACAAUAUUUUGGAGACCCAACAAUUUAAUGUGAUUCAAUCGAAACUUUAUUAUCUUUUAAAUUGCUUUAAUCAUUUUAUAUAAGCUCGCAAUAUGUGUAAGUAGAUAUAGGUACUUAAUUUAUAUUUUAUUAAUCGUCAUUUUCGGUUAAAAUGAAUAGAUUGGUUAAUAAUUAGUUUUGAAUUCUUUCCGAAGUUUUAAACAUAUCUGAAUUAUGCCGUAAACUACAACAAUCCCAAUUAGUGACUUUACGGGAAUGGAUCAUGUGGAUGUCCUCCAUGACUUUUAGAUUCGGAAAAGAGCAAAUAAGCUUAUGGUUUAAUAAAGAUAUUUACUUUUUUAACUGAAGAACCGGUUUUUCCUCAUUAUCUCGAAUAUUAAUGAGAUUUCAAAAGAUGACUAUUCUAAAGAGAGCGCUAUAAUUUGUUGAAAAGUAUUUUGUUUGAAAUGGGUUUUUUUGGAAACGUAUUUUGUCGGAAAAAUAAAUCGUUGGAAAGUAUUUUGUUGGAAAAAUAUUACGUCUCAAUGUUUUUUUCUAGAAAAAUAAUUAGUCGAAAAAUAUUAAGUCAGAAAGUUAUUUUUGGUAAAAAUAAUUCAUCGGAAAAUAUUUUGUCCGAAUCGUAUUUUGUUGGAAAAAUAAUUUAUCGGAAAGUAUUUUGUUGGAACUGUUCAAUAUAAUUUCAUCAUAAGCACUCCGUGACUGCAUGUUAUUGUCGUUGGGUAAAAAUUAUUUUCUACAUCUAGUAAUACCUAUACUGCUACGAGAACUAUAGAGUUCUCAAUAAUUAUUUCAAAUUUUAGUACAUAUUUUAACAUAAUUUAUGCAUAUUUAUAUACAUGUAAUAGAGUUUUUCAUUGCAUAUAAUCCGGGGUCUAAUUAUAACUUUCAGUUUCGGAACGUAGCGAUGUCAAAUCAUUCUACAAUCUGUCCCACUUUCCUCUAUUGUAUAUUUGUUGGUAUAGUUUUGUCUAGAAUUAAUGAUUACCAUUUGUUUGUAUUCGUCUUCGCAUUUUAAUGAAAAUACAAUAAAAUAUACAUAAAUAUCCUACCUGUAAGAAUAGUAAUUUACUUCUUAGAGACGGUUUCCGUUUUACGUAAUUCUUUUCUGUAAAAUGCGUAUAUCGGCUUAUAAUAUUAUAUUGUCUUUAUAUAUUUCUGUAUUUUCAUUCCCCGGAUUGCUGCAAUUCCCCUCGGAUAUUUUUUUUCUUCAAUAUAUCUAAUACAUAUACAUCUAUAUCGAACUACUAGACAAGAUUAGUUUUGUAUUUUAUUCGGAGAGCGUUUGAACCGAGAACUCCGUAAUAUUAAAUAAUAUUAAGGUACACUACCAGACAGCACUGGGACUCGUUUCGGAAGUGCGUAUAUACCAUAUACACGUAUACCUCCUACUGCAGUAGAACCAAUGUGCAGUUGGCUACGAUUUAUUAUUAUUUAGUUUUACGAUUUAUAUGUUUUAUACGUUUUGCGUUAAAAUAAACGUGACUGUAAUCGACGAAAUAAUAAUAUAACAAAUACACAAAUUCUAUUCUCCCACAAACAGAAUACUGAAGUCAUCGGGAAAUUGGAUGUGCUGCUAUUCGUUUUGUUUGUUUGAAUUGGGAAUUAUAAUUAGGGCAUUAUAAUCAAUUGUGCCAGAAUUCACAGGUAAAAAAAUAAAAAAUUAUAGGAUAACAAAUAGGUAUACAUCAAUCGUGCCAGUACAAAAAAGGUUUACUAAAAAAGUAUACAUCUAUUGCGUCGCAGAAUUGAUAAUAAUUGAAAUAAAUAGAUAUUUCUUAGUUAAUUUUUAGUAUAAUUUUAGUCCAAUUUAUAUAAUAAUUUAUAAUUCUAUAUAAUAUAAUAUAUUUCUAUAAUACUUUACGAAAUUUAUUUAACCUAGUAGAUACAACUGUCGUUGAAAUAAUUUGCGUUCCAGGUGUUCAAGAUGAAAAUGGUUGUGUUUAAUUUCUUCAAUUAAAAUUAUAGUUUUACCAUCGUCAAGGCACAGCUUACAGUUUAAAUUUUUAUUUUUACACCUCCGUUUUUGUAUUUUUUUGGUAAGUUCUUUACAAUAAGAUAUAUAGUGUUGGUGAAUGCUUUGUUUCUUACAACAUUUACUUAAAAUUAUUUCCAUUAUGAUUAUUAUAAAAUUAAUUUAAAGAACACAAAUAACGACGAUUAUAUUAUAUAACGCUCGGAACAAUACUACGGAUUUAUACAGUAUGACCCACCAUGUCGACAGAUUUUUCUAUAGCUGUUUAUAUUAAAUAUUUUUCAAUUUUUUUUUUAAUCGGUUUGUCUUCAAGGGAGACAUCGAUUUGGAAAAAAUUAAAUUUGUAUUUUAAUCCUCUAAACAUAAAAAAAACUUUUUAUUUAUUCACUUUAAAAAAUUUAAAAAAUAGCUAUUUUUUAAAACAUAUUAUUCUAAACUUUUAAUGCACCACACAUUCAAAUCAAAUUCAAAAUAGUUUCUUAGUAAUAGCCGUUUUAAUUUCAAGCAAAAAAGUGUGAAAACAAUUAAUAUUUAAUAGUAGUUACAAUCACUGCACGGUAAUUUCAUAUUGUAACAGUAGUUUAUUGAAUAUUAAUUGUUUUCACAUUUUUUUCUUGAAAUUAAUACGACUAUUCAAUGUUCCUUGAAUAAACACCAAAUUGAAAAGAAUUUAAUAUUAACAGCUCCAAAAAAAUCCGUCGAAUAUAGUGGAACACAUUGUAUACUAAAUUGAUUUUCAAUUUAUAUUCUAAAUGGAUAAUACUUGUCUAAAUUUUAUUUAUCUUCAAAUAAUCAAAUAAUAUUAUUAUAAAAGUAAUAAUUUUCCAGAAUAUAAAGAUAUAAACGUUUUUCAAUCAAUAUUGCUGUAUGAUAAAUCGCACAUAAAAUUAUUUUUAGAUAUACUAGAUUACAACACGGAUUAUCGAUCGGCGCAAUUGGUGUAUACCUUUUUAAUAAACCUUUUUUUGUACCGUCGUAAUAGAUGUAUAUAAUACAGGUAGUGUUCCAAAAUCGGUCUAAUUGAUAAACACCGUAUAAUCAACCAUACUACCCAUAACCUACAUCAUAAUAUAUUAUAAAUUAGUUAAAUUUUCAAAAAUUGUCAAAGUGAUUUUCAUAAUAACUGAGUAAAACCGAAACAAAAAUGAAAGUUUACGGAAAUAAUGGUUUUAUCAUUUUCAAUUUCAAAUUUUAAGUAAUUCAGUUAAAAAUAUACGUAAAACUUUGAAAAUUUUACAGAAAACUUAUAUUUGUCAUUUUAGAAGUUAUCAAAAUAGACUGAAAAUGUUUUUGAGCUAUUUAUAGGCAUUUAAAUUUUUUAGUUUAUAUAUGUAAUUUUUCUUUGAUAGGUACUAUGUGGAUAUAAUUGUUCAACGAAAAAAAAUGUAGGUCUAUUGGUUUUACUUUACUACCUAUGUAUUUUUUUUAUUUUGCUGUCUGUAUACAACAUUUCUAAAAGACAUUUUGCUCCGAUGUAUAGAGCAGUAGUCCUCAAUUUUUUUUUGUAUGACGACAUCUUAAUUUAGAUCCAUAAAAAUGACGACACUUAAAACAAUUAAUGAAAUUAAAAUGACACUUACAAUGCUCACAACACGAUGAUUACGAUUGAGGACAUGCUUAUUUACGUACAAAUAAACAACUCUUGGUAACACACAUCAUAGUAAUACGCGGCACACUAGUGUGCCGUGAUACACCAGUUGAGAACCACUGGAUUAGUUAGUGAACUAAAAAUAUCACUUUUUUUAUUUUCUAAGGGGUUUUCAAAAUAGUUGGCAAAACACUAAAAGAAAAUUAUAGGUAAAACGGCAAAUAUUUACGGCACGCCGCGGCGUUACCGUUGUUAUUAUUGAUUGUUCUUAAUUUGUUUACAUGAUGUUUUCUACCAGAAACGUUGCUUUAAUCAAAACAUUACAAGAGAUAGAUUUCGUUCUUUUAGUUGUUUUUUAAUACGAAAAUUCAUUUUCAUAAUAAUUGGAAAGAACCAACAAAGAAGAAAAAUUGGAUCUUUUUUUUCAAAUUACGAUGCAACGAUUUAUUAUUUAAAAUUGUUUAGGCUUAUGUUUUCUAUAAAAAAAAUAUUUUCAAUAGAUAAACGACAAAGACUUUUUUUGUUGUAUUUUUAAUCUAGUUCGUAAAUAAUUAAUUUGUUUUUGAUUAUCUCUGUAGUUUUUCUAAUAAUUAGGAAAAACCGAAAAAUAAGAAAGAACAGAAAAAAUAUUUUUUUGUGAAAUUUUUUAUAGAAAGAACAGAAAAAUUUACGAAAAUAAUUUUUUAAUUUUAAUUUUUAAAUGUAAUUCAGUUGAAAUUUAUCUAUUUAAAUUUUUGUCGAUCAUUUUGUAUAUAAUUUUUAUUUGGUUGGUGAAAAAAAUAAUUGUUAGACUACAUAGUAAUGUUUGAAAAUUAGACAGGAAUCACAUUAUAAGUCGUUCCUAUGCGUAAAAAAAUAAAAUUGAGUGUUAUGUAGUAAAUAAAUUAUACAUAUAUAAUUGUGCAUAAAUAUAUAUAUAUUUUUAUGAAAGUUUUUAAAUGAAAUUUUGACGAAAAUCGUAAAUAUGAAAGGCCAUCGCCUUUCAAAACAUGUAUAACCUACUUUCGUUUUAAAUCGUUAGCAAUAGUUUAUCAUUGAUUACAGAUUAAAUAACUUUAUGUAUCCUACCUAACCAACUUCUGACUUUUAAAAGAGGCGCAGCCUGUAUCGGCUGUAUUGGCAUUUUUUAAAAAAACUAUUUCUAUUUAAAAAAUUAACACAAUUUACAAUUAACUCAGUUAUUCAAUUUUGUUUUGUUUAUUUAAAUUUCAAUACUCAUUAUAAAAUAUUACUGUCAAAUAAUAAUAUGAAAUACCACCUUUAUAUUGUAUGUAUUCAAGAGAAAAGCGAUAUAUUUUUAAAAUAAUGAACUAUAGGUACUACUGUAGUUUGUAUUUUUUCCGAGUUAAACUUGUUUCAAAUGUAUAUUUUAUAUUUUAUGUGUUUUAUACGAAAAACAUUUUAUAUUAAAAACACACGAGCAAAGAGCUCUCUAGAGCGUUUACAAGUAAAAAAAAAAAUAAACAACAAAUAAGCAUCUCAUUUUUAAUUCAUAUUUCUGCGGGCCCGCAAUUCGCCUUUUCGUAUCCGUUUUAUCGUCUUAUAUAGAACGAUAUUACCAUUCGUACCUACACGAAGGGUGAAAUGCUGAACAUAUAUGUAUAACACGUAAACAAUAACAUUUAUGGUUUUUUGUUUUUUAUUUAAUUUGUUAUUUAUUUUUUCUAUACAUAAAAUAUACGUUAAGUACAGAAAAAUUAAAUAUAGAUGAAUAUCCUCACAUGGAAUAAAUACCUAUAUAAUAUAAUCCGAAUCCGUAUAUACAGCAGUGACAUUCUGCAAUCGCUCAGAUUGGGUUGAACAAUAAUUUUAUAAUUAUUAUACGAUAGUUGUAUGGAUCUCCUCGUAUUUGUACCUAUGUAUAAUAUGUAUAUUUUAUUAUAUACUUGUAUGAUCUGCGGAAUACGAAUAUUUUCGAUUGUAUAGAUAUAAUGGUUAAGCACGAUUACGUAAAAUUCUUAUAUAUACAGGGUGAUUCACUAAGCGUGCUUAUCCCAUUUUUUUGGUUACAUGUUGCAUAUAUUCAAAUACUGAUUUCUGGAAUACUUAGAUUUUUUAAAAUAUUUAAGGAAUAUCUUUUAGUGAUACCAACUUUGAUUUUUCAAACGAGAACUUACAAUAAAAAAAUAUAUGGAGUAUUACUUUAAAUAAAUUUUGAUGUUAACAUUUUUGAUUUUCGCCAACCCAUUGACAGGAUAUUUUCUUUUAAGUUUAGGUAAGGGGAGAGUAAGUUUUGGAGUAUAAUUAUUGUAGCAGCACGGCGCGCGGCAUUUUGUUAGUUUAAUUAUUUAACCUAACCAAAGUUAGUAUCACCACAGGAUAUUCCUUAAAUGUUAUGAAAAAUCUGAGUAUUCAAAAAUAUCGGCUAUUACACUCAAAAAUUCCAAAAAUCAGAAUUUGAAUACAUUGAAAAUUUAACCAAAAAAUAGGGCAAGCAUGCUUAGUGAAUCACUUUAUAUAUUUGCAUGCAAAGAUUAACCAUUGCUAACGAAAAGCGAUUCUGAAUGGAGUUCGGUUAAGAGGACGUUAUACCUUUAUCUACUGUCUCAGUAAAACUACCGAGUAACAUGCGAAAACAAUGUUUAUGUAGAAUAAGUAAAACUAGUUAAAUUUUGAUUUUAGAGUAAAAGUACAUAAUAUAUUCAAUAAUAUAUUCAACUCAGAAUAUUAUAUAUUACACUUGUUGCGUCAAGUAAGCACCGGCAAAUUUAUUUAUUUAUUUAUUUGAUCAUUUAUUACGGGACUAGCCCAGAUUACAAUUUACAUACUUAGUAUUUAUACAAUAAAAUAUAAUAAAACAAAUAUAUAUACAUUUAUAGAGUAACAAAAUGUGGUGAAAGUUAAUUAAAAAGAUAAAUCAAAAGAAUAGUCGGUAUUAGCAGUGCGCAUAAAACGGAUAAUUGGAUAACGAAGAAGGUAAUUAGAUGAAGAUAAAGGGAUAUGGAAUGGGAUCGAUGAACGUGUUCGAUGGCAGGGAACAUUAAAGGUAAUGCGAGAUAGAAGUUCAGGGGAAUCAAUUUUAGAGAAAAGAAGAUUAGAUAGGAAAGAAAUGCAUGCAAAGUGCCGACGGUCAGAGAGACUAUCCACGGAUAAAAAGCAUUAGACAGGGGUAUAAUUAUGGAGGGAAAGGGUAUACGCAGUUUAAAGGCAGCAUGACAAAGGAAUUUUCUUUGGACCCUUUCUAUCAUAUAACGAGAAGCAGCGGCGGUAGGGUCUCAGAGCAUAAAGCCAUGUUCAAGAAUAGGACGCACUAAGAAACAAAAAAAAGCUUUUAAUGGAGCGACCGGAGAAAUUACAUAGACACCCGAUUAAUGAAACCUAAUAAUUUGAAAGCCUUACAGCAGAUUAUUUGGAUAUACAUAUUAGAGCAUAGAGUACGUGUAAGAAUGAAACCUAAGUCUUCUACAGAGUUAUUUGUAAUUGACAAGAGUAUGUUAUUGACAAAGUAAUAUACAUGACUGCAGAAUUGGUACGACAGAAUGUCAUAACUGAGCACUUUAAUAUAUUUAAGGCAAGGCCCUGGGUUUCACCUCAUGACACUUGGAUGAGGAAUUCGAUCUGGAUCGGACUAUUUUAGCUUUUUUUGAUAUACUUUUACUUCUAUCAAUGUUAGUUUAUUGUGAAAGCUUAAGAUGUGAUCGUAGCUCUCGAUGUUGAUACCGGCUUUGAGAUGAACAAUUUGAGACAUGGGUGUAAUAUUUAUGUUUUUAAGCUCGUCAGAAAUUAUUUGGUUAGGUAUAGAUUGAAUAUGAUUAUCCUCUUGGAUGGGUUAAUGAGUCGAUAUUAAUAGUGAUAGAUUGAGUGGAUAGCAAAAAAUGAGUUGAGUAUUUGUUUACUUGAAACAAAAAUGCAAAACCGAUUAUUUAAUAUGCGUGAAAUAAAAACGAUAUUUUUAGGAGAGAUUAUAUUGCCAUUGGUGACAAUGGUCUUUUUGCGGUAUACCGUCUAUCGAGUUAAAGACGAGUACCUGUUCUCUGCUAGGAAGGUUUUCAAUGGCUGCGGCGGAUGCGUAAUUUAAACUUGUGUUUUGUGCGGGAUUUGUGACUUAUAUUAUUGAGGUGUUGAUAUCAUUUGACGGAGUCGUGGAAAUCGCGAGAGGUAACGGCGCGGAUGAUGACGAAGUAGGUGUACGAGGAGGAGUGACUGAAGAGUUUUUUGUAGAUACGUUAUUUGUAGGGCAUAGAGUGGAUUGUGUGAGAAGUGUAUUUUUAGAUUUGGUUAUUUAUGUCAAAAAAAAAAAUUACGGCACUUUAAAUUAUAUAUUAUCGAACUGCGCUCGGAAUCGUCUUUCGUCAAGCAAUGGUUUAUCGUUGCUUACAGAUAUAAAUGAAAUAACCAUAUGGUAUCCUAUCUUCCCGACUUCUCACCUACAACAGUAGCCGCUCACAUCCCCUCUUUUUAAGUAUUAAACUCAUAUUGUUCUUGUCUGCCCAGCCUUCGACAUUUUUACCAUUUUAGUUGUUCUCUGUAUAUCUUCACAUCACAUUAGGGCUACUGAAAUCUCCUAUUACAUGUUCCAGGGACACCCCGUGGAGGUAACAAAUGAUAUUCUACUACUCUCUCCCUAAUUCGUGAUAAAAAAAAAAGAAAAAAAAAGCUGUUUUAGGACAAUUGGGGACGGGUGCAGCCACUGUUGUUGGUGAGAAUUUGGAAAGGUAGGACAUAGAAAUGAUGAAAUUAAUUUGUAUCUGUAAACAACGAUAAACCAUUACCAACGAAAGAACGAUUCUGAGGGGAGUUUAAUUGAUAGUGAUGCUUUGUCAACACUUUAUAUGUCAUAUUACUGUAAAAUAAUUACAUAUGCAUUAUAUAUUUUCUUUAAUAAUAUUUGUUUAAUAUAAUACUGAUUUACUCGUUUUUCCUGUAUUUUUCACGGUUUUUUAUUUGUUGGAAAAACUAUUGGAAAAAUCGAAAAAUGACUUCCCUAUUAUAUAUUCCCAGUCAGAUUUCCUUUUAGAAAAUGUUCAAUCAAAUUUAUUUACGUGUGUCACCACUCAAUUUAUUCAACACUUCACUCGUAACUUAUAAUUUUUAUUUGGAUAUUGUAUUUAUAAUAUACAUAUGUGUAUAUAUUUACUAUUAUUUUUAUGUUAUAAAAUCCCAUUAUUGUGAAGUUUAAAUUUUGUUAUGAAGGAAGUUACUAAUUACAAGUAACAUUAAAAACAAUGUUACAAAUUUACCAUAGUGUGAAAAAUAUUUAUUUUUAGAAACACAUUUACUAUAAAAAUAGUAUAUUUGUACGACUAAUAAAUUUACUAUACUGUUUUAUAGAAAUCAUUAUUUUCAAUUUUAGACAGCCUUUAAAAACAUGUAUAACCGAACUCGCCCCGAAUCGUUUUUCGAUAUCAAUCGAUAUCUUUUAUCGUUAGUGAUAGCUAUAAAUAAAAUAACUUUAUCUAUCUCACCUUACCCACUACUCACUGACAACAGUGGUCACACGUAUCCCCAGUAUCAUCUCUUUUGUUUUUUUGUUGUAAUUUAGUUAAAAAUAUUCUUAGACACCUGACAUUUUUAUAAGAAAUUUAUAUUUGUGUUUUAUAGAUGUAGUAAAUUGGUAAUUGUUGUGUUAUUUAUAAGAUUUUUAUACUUAAGAGUUUUACAUAAUUAUUAUAUGGACGAUUUAUAUUUUUUAACGUAUUGAAAAAAUUACAAACAAAUGACUGUUGAUAAAAAAGUAGUAUGAAAACUACUACUGAUGGGUGCACCAUUGUAAGUUGUAGAUGGGAAGCUGGGAAGAUAAAUUAAAUUUAUAUCUGUUAGCAACGAUAAAGUAUCACUAACGGAAAACAAAUUGGAACACCGUUCGGUUAUACCCUUUAAAAUUUGAAAUUUAAACUUAUGUAAAAAAAUACUACAUUAAACUCAAUGUUUUGUUUUGACCACUAACUACAACCUAUAAGGAUAGGUUAGGUUAGGAACUUUUAUUAAUUUUAUAUGUAUUUUUGUUUGGUCUAAUAAUUCUGUUUAUAGAGUAUAUAUCGAAUAAAAAUAUCAUACGAAAUUCACAAAAUUAAAAUGUCUAUAAAGAUCUUAAAAAUAGCUUAAAUGUAUUGAACAUUUGACCAAGUCUAAAUAAGGCAAAUAUAAGUUUUAAGUCAAAUUUUCACCUAUCUACAAAUGUAUUUAAUUGACUUCCCAAAAAAAUAAACAUUUUUGGUAGAGAACAUAAACCGUACAAAUUGAAUAAAAAAAUUGUAACGCCCUAAAUUUACCAGUUUUUAUUUUUCACUUCUUUUCGUUUUUUUCCUAUUAUUAUGAAAACUACUUGAAAAAUCAAAUAUACUCCAAUGUACUAAAUAGAUGAAAUUUCUUUUCGAAAAAGUGUUGCACUUGAUACAUCGGAGCAAAAGCUAACUUUCUAGCUAAUCUAAAACUAACUAAUCUAACUUUUGGUUAGAAAAGAUGUUCACAGACAGAAAAAAAACACAAAAACACACAUCAUAAUAAAACUAAUAGAUCCCUCGCUCUGCUCCGAAUCUAUAAAAUAAAUAUCUCAAUAAAUCUAAAAUAAAUAAUAAUAAUUUGAUGUGAUUAAUUUCAAUUAUACAGCACUUUUAUACUUCAUAUAUUAUAAAACAUUGAUUUAUUAAUUUCACAGCUGAUCUACUAUAUACGUACACAAACUCAUAUAUCUCCAUAUACUAAUGUAAUGUGCGUGUUUGUAUAAUAUGAAAACACAUACAUAACGGUACAAAUACAACGGUGGCAUUUAUAUUAUACGUCGUUGCAAUAAUAUUAUGAAAAUAGAAUUUUAAUCUCAUGAAUCCGCUUACAGACAAAAGUGGAUGAUGAGUUCUUCGGCAAACAGAAAAUCGUUAUUAAUAUGAUGCUUGCAGCUGCACUCUGCAGUGUUAUAAUACUAUGUUCAUUGUCCUUAAUACUCGUAUUCCAAUACAAAGUGCCCCUCAAAGAUUCGAUAAAUAAUAUUAAAAACAGAUUUGACGAAUAAAAUAGUUAUGUUUUAUAUCAAAUUUUUUUUUUUUAAACAAAUAUAAAACUAGGUACCUACGUAAAAAAAUUUUAUAUAAAAUGAGUAAAGUAAAUCAGUAAAGUUGGUCAACUACUGGAUUCAAAAAAACAAAAAAGUUGGUGCUGGAGAUGGGUGCAGUCACUGUAUUGGAAUUUGGUAGGUAGGAUAAUUAAAGUUAUUUAAAUUUUAUUUAUACGUAACGAUAAACUAUUAUUAAUGAAAAACGAUCUGGAACAAAAUUCGGUAAGACAUAUUUUGAAAUUCUUAAUUUUUAUGAUUUUCGUCAAAAUUUGAUUUGAAACCAUUGUGAAAAAAAAUGUAUUAAACUCAAAUUUGUUAUAUAGACUCUAAGUACAACUUAUAAUUCAUUUUAUACAGAGUGUCUCACGACCCCUUGAUUAUUUCCGGAGAUAAUGAAAACAAUCAAAUUCUGUUAGGUUAGGCUAGGUUUUAUAUUACUCAUAGAGGUGAGGACUCUAAAUAUUAAUAUUUUAGUUAAUUUUUUUGUUUUAGAAAAAAUAAAAUUAAAAAAAUAGCUUUAUUUUAUUAUUUUCGGAUAAUUUUAAGAUAGUCAUUCUGUAAAGUUUAUUUUUCUGAAAAUUGUAAUGUAUCACACAUUUAUAUUCGAUGAUUAGUUUUCAAGUAACUACUAAUCGGUGUGAAAUCCGAUGUUAUCUAUGGAUUGACUUUAUAAAGAUGUAAACAUUUUUUACCAGAAAGCUUACUCCGAUGUAUACGAUGUAGACUUUUUUUUGAAAGGAAAUUUUCUUGAGGUGGUACUUAAGGGAGGCCAUUUUUAUUUGCUCAAGAGAUUUAUCAUUAAGUGGAAAAAGUCGAAAAAACGAGGAAAAUGGGAUAUUGUACAAAAUAUAUUUGUAAAUUAUUUCGAUUUUUUUUCUGUGGACAACUUUUUUUACAAACAAUUUUGCUUCAAUUUACAAUGAUAAAACUUUUUACGAAAGGAAAUCUGACUGGAAAGGUACUUUAGGGAGGUUAUUUUUUGACUUUCCCAAGAGUUUCUAUUCAGUUCAAUGGUGUAACUAGAACUUUUAAUGCUCGUGGCAAAAUACUUCACCGCAUAGUAUAUUACGGGCCUUUUAACACGAAAAGUAAAGAGAGAGUCCCACUCACCCAGUAAAAACAAAAUUGUUUCAUCAUUUGUAUAUUAAAACUUAAAAUUAUUAUCAGGAUUUAAGUUUUGUUAUCUACUUGGCAUUAUUCUGACAUUUUAUAUUAUGGCGUAUGUCAAUCAUUUUCUAUGUUAACGCGGAAGGAGAAAAUUUCUAAUGUACAGUGUAUUUUUUUUUAAUUGCUUCAAAAGUGAAAUAUAUAAUUUAUAAAUAAAUCAUCAUGUUGGCCCUAUAGAGGCACUGAGUCCACUGUAAAACAGUUUAACAUAUUCCGCCAGCUUGCCUUUGGUAGUUUACAUAAUAAUAAUAUAUAGGCAUAAGUAUUAUUCUGGAAAAGUUAUUUUUAGUGAAAAUUCAUCUUCACCGUCCUCCUUUAAAAUAAAUACUGAUAUAAGCACGAUAAAAAGUUAAAAAAAAAAAUGAACACAAAUAAUAUUAUAGUCAAUAAUAACUCAUUGUGUACUGUAAGGGUAAUAUCAAUAUACGUCAGUAAGUACUAUAUUCGUAUAAAUGUAUUAUGUAACAAACAAUAACAGGAAGUUUCAUUCCUAUUUAAAAUAAUGUUAAAACGACCCGAAGUUAAGUGAAUAAAUUAUUUUAAAUAUUUUGACUAUUAUAAUAUUAUAUAAACACACCAAUCAUAUUCAAAACAUAUUAUGAUUGCGAUAGAGUUCAGAAAUCAGAAUUAAAAUAGUCGUGAGACUGGGGGGAAUUUAUAGAAAUAAUGACUGAUGGUUUAUUUAUUUAUUUUUAAUUCAAAUACUGAAAAUGACGAUAAAUCAUAACUGCAGUCAAAAAACGAUUUGGAGAAGUUUGUAUAUUAUACUGUUAUCAGUAUUUUAGAUUCAGGUUUAUUUGCAGCGUUAUAAUAAUGCAUGGAAAGCACGAUGACUUCACAUUUAAACCAUUUUAGAUUAUUCACAAAUAAAUAAUGUACUUUGCCUAUUUAUUUUAAGUACAGCAAAUGGACUUAAAAAAUCACACAGGUGCGUUUAUUUUCAGAUUUUGGAUGUGAAGAAGAAAGUAUAAGUUUUAUUUAGAUAUGUUUCCUAUUUUAGGAAAAUAAUUUUAUUUUACAGUUUUGGUAGUUACUCUUACUUAUUCACAUUGAACUUUAAAAGAUGCAGAUUUUUAGUUUUGGUAGUUAAAAAGAGAAAAAAACAACUUAAUUUACUAUUUACACAAAAGUAAUUACUAGACUUUACUCAAAAUCAUCUUUUGAUUGCAAUUUACAAUAAUAACUUAUCGUUCCUUUCCUUAACGUAUGAACAAAACUAUCUUACAUCUUGCAUACACCUUCCUAAUUAUCCAUCCACAGAAGGUGUACAGUGUACUUAUGUACUGGUUUUAUUUAUUACCUAUAUUAUUAUAUUUAAGUAUAGAUUUAGGUAUAAAUAAAGAACGAUUUUAGUAAUUUUGUUUUUGUUAUUUGUUUGGUAUUUUAAUAAUUAUUCAUAACUUUGUUCGUUGAUAUUGAAUUUUUUGCAAUAUCAAUGCGUUUUAAUAUUCAUUUAUUAUUUAGCGUAUGAUAUGCUAAGCAACACAUUAACAAUUUAGAAUAAUAAAAUAAAACUAAAUAAAAUAAAAUGUGUAGUAAACUGAUAAAAUAAAUACCCUUGUGAACUUGGCAACACGGUAUUAGUAGACAUUGAUCCAAUUAAUCCAACAAAUUUGUGAAUUGUAGGACAUUGUUGGACAACUUUCAGAAUUUGCAGGAUAUUAAUUUUACGAGAGUAAAAAUUUGGACUUUCGUGUAUCAAAAAAAUUAAAGUUUUCAAUGCAUUUAUGUGUUGUAAUUUUUAGAUUCUGAGUAGAGUGAGGAAUGUAUUGGUUUUACAUAGAUGUUUAUUUUUUUUCCUGUGGACAACUUUUCUACUAGAAAUUUUGUUCCGAUUUACAAAGAUAGCAAUUAUUCUGAAAAUAAAUUUGACUGGGCAGUCAGAACUUAGGAAGUUCAUUUUUCGAUUUUCCUAAAAGUUUUCUCAACAAGUUGGGAAAAAACCAGAAAAAACACGGGAAACACGGGAAAACCGUAGGAAAACCGAGAAAAUAGGUAAAAUAUUAAAAAUUAUGGUUAAAGAAAAUAUAUAAUACAUAUAUAAUUAUUUUAUCAUAGCAUGACAAAUAUAUUGUAAACAAAGCAAUAUUACCAACUGAAUUUCUCUCAGAUUCGUUUUUUCGUUAGCAAUAGUUUUUCGUUGCUUACAGAUAUACAUUCAAUUUUCCCUAUACUUCCUUCCCAACUUCUCACCCAUAACAGUGGCCUACCCAUGUGCGAAGUUGUCCGGUUUUUUUCUGUAAAAAACCUAAGCAACGUCCGAGUUUAUGGAUGCUACAACCGCUAUAAAUCAGAAUCUAUAUAAUACGAAAUAUAGGCGUUUAGAACAUUUUAAUAAAAUAUGUAAGAACAAAAAAAAUAUGAAUCUGAUUUUUUAUGCAAUACGUGAAUUUAAAAUUAUUGUUAUAGUUUUUUCCGGUCCUUUCAAUUCAUUGGUAAAAUGUCUGGGAAAAUCAAAAAUGUCUUCUUCAGAGUACUUAUACAGUCUAAUUUUCUUUUAAAAUAAGUGCCAUCAUUGAAAAUCGGAGUAAAAUUGUUUAAAGUACGUUGUUUUUCACAGAAAAAAAAUAAACAUCAUUUUAAAACUAAUACAUUGAAGCUUAAUUUUGUAAUUAUUUUUUGUUUAGGAAUUUUGACCAAAAUCGCGUGUGUAAAAAAUGAUAUGCAACAAAUCUUGUUAAUAGUUAAUGAAAAUUUCUCAAUUUUAGAUGCUGAGAGGAGCAAGGAAUGUAUUACUUUUUCAAUGAUGUUUAUUAUAAUUGUUUUUUCUAUAUUUUUUAAUUUUUUAAAUUUUUUAUGUGAACAACUUUUCCAUCAAUAAUUUUGCACUGAUGUCCAAUUAUAGCACAUUUUCUAAAAGGAAAUGUUACUGGGUAAGUACUGUAAAACAGUUAUUUUUCGAUUUUCUCAGGAGUUUUUUGAUCAAAUUUGAAAAACCGAAAAAAAAACGGGAAAAUGUACGAAAUAUAUUACUAAAAUAUUAUGAUUUUGUUUUCCUGUGCAUAAAUUUUCUAAUCGCAACUUCCUCAAACAUAUAAUGAUAGUAAUAUUUCUAAAAGGAAGUCCAAUAGGGGAGGUACUUUAAAUAGGUCAUUUUUCGAUUUUCUCAGGAGUUUUCCCAGCAAAUGUGAAAAAUCGGAAAAAAACAUGGGAAAACCGAGAAAAACUGAAAAAAUCUUAAGAUUUUAAGAUAAAUAAUAAUUUAAUCAAAAAUAUAAACAAUAGAACUAAAAACUUUACAAAAAUCACCCUUCUUUUGAAAAUGUUGGUAUAUAUAUAAACUUUAAUGUAACUGUAAUAAAUUGUAUAUAGGUAAGACAAAUACAAAUUUUAAAAUAAGAUAUAAAGAACACAUUUUAGGAAUAAAAUUAAAAAGGACUGUCCAUAAUUCAAAUUUGUUAAUUAUGUUUUAGAAAAUAACCAUAAUAUAAGUUUUGAUAUUAAUACAGACUUAUAAAUAUUAAAUACCCAAAAUAACAUUUACAUCAAUUAAAUUUUAUAAGAAUUACACAUACAAAAUGAAAUAAAGAAAAAUAAUUUUAAUAAUAUUUUAAAUGUUCAAACUGAUUAUAAAAAUAAUAUCUUAUAUCAAUAUAUUUUAGAUAAUAAAUUAGAACUAAAUAAUUUAUAUUUUUUACAUAUAUAUGUUUAAUAAUAACUAAUUUUAAAUAAUCUCUCCUAUUAAAAAAAAUUAUUUCCAUAUUCUAUGUAAAACGACCAAUUUGUUUUGACUAAUUUUUGUUUUUCCUAUGUGUUACUUUAUUUAAUUUUUUAUAUUGAGUUGCGUUUUACAUUUUGACUGUGAUAUACCUGAUGAUGAAUUUUUAAUUCGAAAUCGGUCGUAUAAAUACACUUAUCAUAAUACUCCAGGCGACACGCUGGUUAAAUAAUUUAUUUUAUUUUUAUAUAUACAUUUUUUAUUUAUAUAUUUAUUUACUAUAUUUGUUUAUUUCAUUUAUUUAUGAAUAUUAACAAUUUAAAUAAUUUUUUUUUACUUUAUUAUUUUAUUAUAAAUGUAUAGACAAUAAUUUAUGAAUAUUUCGUUUAAACGUGUUUUCGUAUUCAACUUUUGUUAUGAAAUAUUACCAUUUACAUAUUUAUAAUUUAGAUUGUACCUACAAUACAUUUUAUUAUAUUAUAUUCGUCGGACCAUUCACUAUGCGGCGCACUACUACUUUGCAACAGUCUUAGGAUUAUUUUAUGAAAAGCCCUAAUUACCGCCCUCCCGCUUUCAGCGUGUUAUGGCUGACACCAACUACAACGGAGUUGUAGUAAAAAGGGAGAGAAAAAUGAAGUCUUCGGAAAAAAAAAAUAUUAUAUACUACGAGACUUCAUUAAGUUUUUCUUUUUUCUGUUUCUCCCUACCGAAUAGGGGUUCGUUUAUAAUUAAUUAUGGUGUCAUAAUACCGUCAUCGGUUUCCCUUCGUUUUCUUUUUCUCUGCCCUCUUAGGACUCGUGUUAUUUAAUUUUUUUUUGCAUUCACACGUCUUUAUGUGUAAGUAUUCUGAAAGUAUUUCCAACAACGUGGUGAAGAUUUCUCUUUCAAAGUCCCUGUUAAUCCUUUAGGUGAGACAAAUUAAAGAAAGUGCUUUUCGACGCACAGUUAUAUGUUGAUAGAAAAUCGUUUUACCUGUCUCAGAUCAUCCUUUAUUCCUAUCCACUCAUUUGAAUGUAAACACGGCGUGAGUACCGUUUUCGGGUUAACAACCAAAUAUUAUAUCGCGGUUAAUAAUUUUACGAGUACUAUAAAAAACAAACAGUUUGUUUCGGGUUUUUUUUCUCAACAUAUAAUUUUAUAUCGUUAAUAAUAUUAGGCCUGGAACACUCGCAUGCAGUAUUUCCUUAAAGAAGAACAUUUUUGUAAAUAUUACAAUUAUAUUUUUGAAAAAUAUCCAAUUACAAAAAUAAACGGGUUUGAAAAGAAAGAUACAAAAGUUAUUGUUUAUACAUACACACUUAAUAUCUUUAUAACGUAAUAAAACUUGAUAAAUUUAACCAGGAUACUUUUGCGGCUAUUGUUUCAUUAUAAACGUCACGAUGAUUAAUAGGAUAUAACAAGAAGUGGUUAGACGAGGAUUUCGCAAACGUCAGAAAUGAAAUUCGUUAUAGCGUUUUUCUUAUUUCUUGAGCCACCAUACUGAACUAAUCGCGCCGCGCCGUGCAGUACAAGACUAUUUUUUUUUGCAGUUUAAUAUUAUUAUUAUUUUACACUUUUAACAUUUAUACGAUUUAUUGAUAACAUCGCUCAAACGAGUGAAUUUUUAGUUUUUAAAAGGAAAAAGCAUCUUUAUUUUUUCGAAUUUUAAUAAAGUAUCUACAUACAUAAAGCCUUGAGUCGGUAAGAAGAAAAAAAAAAUGGAAAAACACUUUUUGUGAUGAUUAAUAAAGCAAUUUUUUUUUAUAGAAUAUAACAUACAUUAUACAUAAUAUAAAAAUCUUUACAACGUAAAAAUAGGAUAAAGUUGAAUAACCGAGUGAGAUGAUGUGUGCACACGUAAAGUGUCUGCAGAACUUUCUCUGUAUACAGAUUAAGAAAUUUAUUUUAAUUAAAAACGUUUAAUUUUCGUAUUGUAUACUGUUUAUUUUAGGUAUACUGUUUUAAACAAUCUUGAGGUUUAAAAAAUUUUGCUUCAUGGAUUACCGCUGUUCUGAGAGAGAAUAAAUUAUAAACACGUGUCUCGCAGUUUUCCUUAUUUGUCUGAACGAAGUGUAGCAUGGAUGCGAUUUCCACGCGACUGUAGUAAUAAUAAUAAUUAGCACCCGAUGAUCAUUAAAUUUCACACAAUAAAUUAGGACCGUUUUCUCAUGCUAUAAAUUAGCGACUCGAACGGUGGUUUCUUAUAAUAUGUUAUUGUGUAAUUUCCUGAUCUAAGACGUCGAAGAAGGGCCGGGUUUUACGAAAUUGAAGUGACUAAUGUUAAAGUUUUUGGUUCUCCUGUCUUAACCAUGGAUAAGGACAAGAAGGUUCGUUCCCACUAUACGGCGGUAUAGUGGGUGAAAGAAAAACUAAUCUAUAGAAAUAAGGGUCUUAUGUAUGCGAUGAUGAAGGAACUGUCAGGCAGUGAGGAAUAAGUUUUGAGGGUCGUCGGAGACGACAAAAUGGGACUUAUUUCAAUCGCGGGGUACCAGCACGGGUGUACCGGAAGGGACGCGCGCUACCCUUGAGCGAGAAAUAAUAUCGUCAAAUCCUGCAGCGUAUAUAUAUAUAUAUAUAUAUAGAAGAAGUUAACAACAAUUGGGGUGGUCUAACUUAUUUCGCAUUUUUUUUUUUUUUUAGAAACUUUUUCUUUUUUCUUCUUCUUUCUUCUAACACAUUGCCUAUAACUAGGGAUUUUUAAAAGAACAAAACAGAAUUGCGGGUGGAAGGGGGUUAAAAGUCUAAGAGGCGCGAGAAUCGACCAUAGGUAUACGUAAACCCGAGGACUUUGUCGAUAAUUUAUCGGGUAACGGCCGUUGGAAAUGGAGAAAGAAACAAUAUCCGUAGCGAGUCGACGGAGGUGAAUUAUUGUUGACAAGUGUCGAACCGUUAUCUUUUCUCUCUCUCCAUCUCAUACUCUCUUUUCCUUCUCUGUAAACCCUCCAUUUUCUCUUAUCACCUGAGCAAGUAGGUCGCUUUUAAAUAGGUCUCCCUUGUAUACGUAUAUGGUACGGUACGCCGCAAACAUUUUUUUGCCACCAUGAUCCAAAUUUCAAGAGAAGCAUAUUUUCCGAAAGAAAAUUUAGUUUAGUUGGCGAGUGAGUAAGAAAAUUGUUUUAAGAUAGAUAAUUCGCAAUUACCAAGAAUAUAUUCAUAAAUAUUUAAAAAUUGAAACAACUACAAUUAAAAAUAAAUUUAACAAAAAGUUUAAUCGGUUUUAAUUUUGAUAUUUUACAUUUAUAGAUAUUUACGUAUUAGUGUACAAGGUUAAUAUUUGAAUAAAGAAUGCAAUGUUUAGAAUUAUUAAGUUUAAAGUGAAUCCAAUAUUACAAUUUUAUUCAGUCGUAACUUUACAAAACAUAAUACAUAACUAAAUCAAGAAGUAAUUAAUAUUUAGAAAAAAAAUUUCUUUUCAAUAUUUCACACUUAUUAUGUUCUAAUUAUAAUAAAGUUAUUCAUAAUGUAUUCGUUGUAAUACUAUAUUAUAUAAUUAUUAUAAGAUAGAUAGAAGAAUAGAUAGAAGUUUAUAUAACUACUUAAUUUUAAGUUUUUAGAAAUUAUAUUCAACAAUUAAAGUAUUUUAUUUAUGAUGCACGUUUUUGUUUUGAUUAAUAUAACGAUAAAUUUAAUGAAAAGAAGCAAUUUAUUUUUUAAUCCAGAGUAAAAAAUCAUUUAUUUUUUUGGAAAUACAAAAAUCGAAUUUGAAUAUAAAUACAUGUACAGUCAAUGUUAAGAUAUUUAAUAUGUAUAAAUAUUUAAAUGAUGAUCAUUGGUAUAAAGCAUAACAAUUUUUCUUCAACUAAAAAAAUCAUUCAUAAUAAAUAUGAAUAGAUAUUACUUUAAAUCAGUAAUGAUUGUUUUACAAUUUAAAUUUUUAGUUUUGUAUCUAUUAUCGUACACAAGCGAAUUUAUUAUUAUAAUUGUUCAUAUUUAUCGAGGACAAAAUUUAAAUAAAAAGUAUAAAAGUUAGUCUACUUAAAGUAGUAAAAAGGUAUUAGAAUGUAAUUUACGAUUUAUACCUAAACAUAAAAAUGCCAUUUACGUGGUUGUUUUUUAGAUUUGGAGCGUAGCGAUCCUUCAGGAUUCACUUUUAUAAAAUAUCCUCUAUAAAAUGAAUCGAUAUUAACCAACAAAUGCUGGUUACACCACGAUUAUCCAAAUUCCCAAAUUUUCCAAUAUAUAUAUUAUAUAUAUAUAUAUAUAUAUAUAUUGACAACCGAGUUAGUAACUUUAUAUAAAUAUAAAUUGUCAGCAAAUACGCACAUAAAAGCAUAAAAGGAACGCCAUGCCGUCUACGAGUAACGAUUAUAAUACAGUACACGCACUCUUCCACUGUCGAGCGUCCUCACUCCUCGAUACGAUAAAUAAGGCUUCACUUCGUUUGAAAUCAACCCUCGCCAAAAUUCGGUAUUAAGAUACUUUUUAUGGUAUUAAAAUCAUGAAAAAAUGUUACAACAGAACACUCUUAGUCCGAGAAGGUGGACUAACCACUUUCCACCAAUUUGUUCUCAUUGAAUACUGACAGGGUCAAAACCAAAAAGGAAUAUGGGUAAACUAUAAUUUAAAAAAAAAAGAGCUGAUACUAGGAAUGGGAGCGGCCAUUGUUGCACGUAAGAAGUUGGGAAGGAAGGAUAUAUAAGGUUAUUUCAUUUAAAUCUGUAAGCAACGAUUAACCAUUGCAUUACGAAAGACGAUUCCGAGCGCAGUUCUGUAAUAUAUAAUUCGAAGUGCCUUAAUUUUUUUUGCGAUUUUCGUUUAAAUUUAAUUUCAAAACGUUUGUUAAAAAAAAAUAAAAAGUCCAAUGAUUUGGAAACUUGACCACGUCUAGGUAAGUCCAAUAUAAGUAUUACUAGUAUUUAUAAUCUAAUUAUAGCAAAAAAUCCCAAAAUUUAAAAUUCCUUAAAAACUCAAAAGUGGCUCAAAAGUUUUGACGAUGACACCAUAUGAAAGUAAAUCAAAAAGGCAACAAAAAAAGUGUCUUGGGGUUUUUUAAUUGAAUCAUUUUUUUCUGGUAAAAACCACCGUCCAUGUUUUAUAAAAUAAUGAAUUCGUGAAAUUGUAGAUUUCCUACGUUUUUUCCCAUUUAAGUGCUCUAAUUUGAAAAAAUGGCGUCGAAAAUCAAAAAAUGACAAAACUACAAUCUAGAAAACUUGAGCUUUCAGAAAAUUUGCUACAUGUAAAAAUCAGAGCAAGUUAUAAGAAAGAAACGUGUCCACAGAACAAAAAAAAGGAACAUUUUAGUAAAAGCAAUAACUCCCUUGCUACGCUCGGAAUCUAAAAUUAGUUCGGUCAACGGCGGGACCCCUAGUUAUUAUUUAAAAUUUUUUUUUUUUAAUAUAAUUCAGUUUAAAAUAUUCAUAGACUUGUUGACAAAAAACUUAUGUUUCCUUUUACUAGACGUGGUAAAACUUUCAGAACAUUUGACCAAUUUUUGAGCUAUUCAUAGACAUUUUAAUUUUAAGAGAUUUAUACGUAAUUUAUUCGGUAGGUACUCGGUGAAUAAAAUUGUGAAACUAAAUAAAAAUUGUUGAAAAUUUAACAGGAUGUUCCUUAAAUAUCGUACUUUGUUACUAAAAAACAAUUUAAGCUUUAUAUAGUAUUUUUUUUUUUUAUAAACGAAUUUUAAUAUCAAAUUUUGACGAAAAUUGUUUGAAUAAAAAAUUAUGUGGAACAAAUCUAGUUAUUAGUCCAUGCUAAUUUUUCAAUUUUUUUUUGUUUUGAUUCUUAUGCAUACCUAUUAGCGAUUUAAAUACGAUGGUGAAGUCAGAAUUGACCGAACUGACUUAGUUUCGAAAUCUUAGCUUUUUGAAGUUCUAAUAUUAUUCUGCGGUUUUUAUACAUGUUUUAAGUAACUUAAUAUUGUCUUUUUGUAUGUAUGUAUAUCGUAGUAUAGUAGUGGUAUGUAACUGAUGUCUACCAUGGGUUGCAAGGUCAAACCCAAUUUCCGUAAAAAUGUAUUUGCAAACCACAUCGGGUAGGUAACAGAGAAAAAAAAAAAUAAGUUUUGUUUCAAAACAUACGGCUGAGUAUAAUGUAUGUUUUUUUUUAUUUUCAUAAGUUUUAAAAUCAAAUUUUGACGAAAAUCUUAAAUAGUACGGCCUUUCAAAACAUAUAUAACCGAACUUCGCUCCGAAUCGUUUUUCGUAAUUAAUUGUUUAUCAUUGGUCACAGGUACAAAUUAAAUAACUGCAUGCGUCCCACUUUCUUCACUACCCGCCUAUAACAGUUGCUGCAUUCGUUCCCAGUAUCAGCUCUUUUUUUUUCUUAUAAAUAAUAAGCCAAAAGUCAUAGUUAUGAAAUUAGUUUUUGUACAAAGAAUAAUAGAUAGGAACCUCACAUCCUUACGUAGUAGACUCAUAAUUUAUACAAAUAAUGAAUUUUGGACAAUUUAAUAUAUUUAUUAAAUUCUACUCAAAAUAUUUUUAAUUUCAUUCUAAAACUUGCAUAUUAAUGCAUUAUAAUAUAUUGUAUAAUGCAAACCGUAUGGUCACAGACAAUAUUAUUCUCGUACAAGCAUUUUCAAUUUUCGCUCUUCAUCGUUUAAAGAACUUAAUUUAAUGAAGGUAGGUACAAAAAUUGCCCUUUGUUUACAAUAGUCGUAUAUUUAAUUUCCCGAACAGGUGAAUAAACAUAACGCACGAAUAUAAAUUAUUAUGAUUACAAAAACGUUAACUAUAAUAUUUAUUACUCGAAAUAAAAUAUAUUUAAAAAUAUUGAUCUUUUCUAAUUAUUAUUAUUAUUUAUGUUAUUUCUCAGAACGUCAAUAAUAUCCAAGAUAAAUCUUUUAUCAUAAAACAGCGAUUAUUUACAAUGAUUUUGAGUAAAUUUGAUUUUCGUUUUAUUUUCCAAUUGUUAUAGAACCGUUUAAUGAUAUUAUAUUAAUAUUAUUUUCAACAUUUUACUCUUACCUAUACCAUAUUAUAUACGUAAAUCAAACUUUCGAUUUUCAAAGAAUAACUCUGCAUAUAUUUUAACAUUACAUUUGAAAAUAAAAUAUUUGUAUGUAGGUAUUUAACUAUACAAUUAAGGCCAUGCCUAAAGGGGAGUGACAGGUGUCCACACACCGGGCGCUAUGACAAGAGUGCCAUUUGAAAAUAUUUAAGUUCUGUAAUUGAACAUUUUUUAUAAUAAACGUAUGAGUUAGUGUGAGCCCAACAGACAAAUUAGACUUUUUUUUACUCAUCAUUUAAUUUUUCUGGCACCAGAUGUCGAUUUUAUUAGGUACGGCACCGUAUACGAAAAUAUAAUUAUUUAUUUAUUUUAUUUAUUUAUUUAUGGACAAAUACUGUCCAAUUCCAAGUACAUUUAUAAUAGCGACAAUUAUGAAUGAAGUGACAAUUUUAACGUUAAUGAGUUUAAUCAAUGGAUAACAAUCUACAAGGUGAUUCAUUAAGCGAAUUUACCCCAUUAUUUUGGUUAAAUUUAGCAUAUAUUCAAAUUCUAAAUUUUCGGAAUUUUUUAAGUGUGGGUUCAAAUUUCCGAGUACUUAAAUUUUUCAAAACAUUUAAGUAAUAUCCUGUUAUGAUAUUAACUUUGAUUUUUCAAAUGAGAAACUAUAAUAAAAAUUCCACAAAUUGACGGAGUAUUACUUUAAUUACAUUUUGGUGUUACAAUUUUUUAUUUCCAUUAACCCAUUGAAAAGAUAUUUCACUUUUAAGUUUAGUUAGGGAGAGAGUAGUGGAGCACUAAUAAAACUCCACGCGCCGUGCCACCACACAAAUGAUACUCCAUCAUCUGCUAAUUUGCCAGGCAUUUUUUCUUUUUUCUAGCUCGAAUUGAUGUAAAUACUGGUUUUAUUGUAGCUCUGUAGCUUUCUGUUUUGAUUCGUUAAGUGCUUCAUCAAUACCUUCUUUUCUAAAUUUCUCAAUAAAUUGUAUUACGCCUUUUACGUGUUUAGUCGCUACAUCUAUUGAAAUAUUCUGUUUUUAUAAAAUCACAUUUACUCUAUCAAUUUCCGUUAAAAUUUUAUUCCAUAUAGUUAACAUACAUAACUAAAACUAACAAAACUAAAAGUUGUAAUCUCUUUUAACAAACAAUUUAAUUCAACACUUUUUUUCUUGCAUAAAUUACUAUUUUUGAAUAUCUUACAAAUAUGAAUAACUUGGGCUAACUGUAAAUGUAAUAAUUUAACUGCGCGUUGCUUUUCAGACCAUCUAGUCGUACUUUAACCUUCCAAUGUAAAUUUAAAAUGUUCAUUAAGAAUAUUCUAUCUCUGAUUUGAGCUAGAUACAAAAAUGAACAAUUUUUGAACUAUACCAAAGAAUGUUUCUAAUUCUGGUAAAUAUUUUUUGGCGUAUAAACCUAUUUAAUUUAGACUGUGAGCUAAACAUGGAAUAAACUUGGCCAACUAAUUUAUUCAGCUUGAACCCCCUUUCACCGCCAUUGUUGUUAAAAUAAAAACGUAAUAAAAAAAAAUCACACGUUUAAUUUUUAAUCAGUAGGUAAUUUAUUUUUAUUUCAUAUCAUUUGAAAUUUGUGCCGUGAGCACGAGCAUGAGCCUCGGAUUUCCCCCCCUAGAUCUGACACUUGGUUAGAUACUUUAAAGAUUAUCAAACUUGAUAUAAACGAAUCAUCAAUUUUAUUAUUUAAAAGUUUAAAGAGAAAAGAGUUUUAAGUAUUAAUUCUACAUUUUUUUAAAGUAUAUAUUUGUAAUAUUCAUCGAAUAUUUAAGCAAUUAGGUAUAUGUAAUAAUAUAAAAGUUUUAUUUUAGCAUAGCUAAAAACUUCUUAACUAUAAAUACUAUUGAUAAUAUAUUAAUAUGCCGAUGGUUACGUUUAUAACAAAGAUAUCGGUAUAUAAUGGAUUGAAUUAUUAUUAUGAUAGUCUAUUGGUACCUUUUUUUUAAAAAUAUUUAUGCAUUAUCUAUAAAUACUUACUAUUACUAUAGUAUCUAAUAAAUAUAUUUUAUAUGUAUGAUAAUAAUUAACAUAACUAAAAAUUAAAACCAACUAUGAACUACUUUUUAUUUUUUCCGAGAAAACCGAAACUACCAAGGAACUUCAAACAAAUGCAUAAAAAAAAAGUUAAUGGGAGGAGGGAUUUAACACCCUCAUCCCCCUGUAAGCACGCUCCCUGGCGCCGAACGUCGAUAGAUAAAUUCAAAUUUAGAAUGCAUCAUCAUUAUCCGAUAGUUGUCCAUUAUUAAGUCUUAUUGCGGCUAUAUUAUAGAGUACCUAUGUAUAGACACCACAUAAUAAUACAAUACCAUACAAUAAUGCCCUUUGCCCACGCUAACGAUUUGUGUGGGUCUUUAUUCUUCCAUAUAUUCUGUGUUGCAGUAACAUACAAUUAAAAGUUUUAAGGACCAGUGGUUUUUUGUAAAAAAAAAAAAUAAUAAUAAUAAUAAAAAACACGAAUGUAUAUGGUUAGACAGUACUCGUAAACCCCUAUAGUAUAUACGAGAAUAUAAACCGCCACCGAGUGAACGCCUCUUUCGCAUGUCUGUGGUUAAUGCGCAAUUUCAAGUAUACAUAGCGGUUAUCUAAUACUAAAUUAUUUUCUGCCCAGAAAAUUAAACGUUAUUAUGGUGGUAUUUUUAUUUGAUAUAAAAUAACUUCUACACAGUGUUUUUUUUUUUUUUUAUACGUAUAGUCGUUUUCAGUUAAAAAAAAAAAUGUAUAGGUAUCGUAUUAUAAAAUAUUUAAAAAAUGCUCAGUUAAAAUUUUAUAACAUUUAGUUCAAAACCGAUAUUCCAAAUAAAUACAGUUACAUUUGCUUAUUUUUUUUUUAUUUCUUGGCUUGACACUAAAUAAUAUAAUUAAGUGUUGUGGAAAUUUAUGUCAUAUUGCAACAUAUUUUAAGUAAUUUUUGUUUGGUAGGUACUCUAUAGAUAAAUUGUUAGACCUUUCAGAAGUGUUUAAAAUUGUGAUAGGAAGUUGAUUAUAAGUAAUACUUAUAGUGGUCAAAAAUAAAAAUUUAGUUCAACGUAGUAUUUUUUUUAUAAGUUUUAAAAUCAAAUCUUGACAAAAAUCGUAAUUAUUACGGCCUUUAAAAACAUGUAUAACCGAACUUCGCUCAGAAUCAUUUUUUGUUAUCAAUCAAUAUCGUUUAUUGUGGGUUACAGGUAUAAAUUAAAUUAAAUUAAAUUAAUUUAUGUAUCCCGCCUUACCCACACACCGACCAUAGUGGACACAUCCAUCCCCAGUAUCAGUCCUUUUGUUUCUUCCUUAUUUCAAUGGUUAAAAAAAAAAAUUUUCACUAGGUUUUUCUGAUAUUUUUAAAAUAUUUUCUACUUUGUGAUUAUAAGUAAGCCAGUGACGAAAAUCCAGACUUAUUCCACGAUUUUUUAUAAUUUCACCUUUGAAUUCUAUUAUCCAACGCAUUUUUAUUUUCUUAUCUAUUUAUCGCGUACGAGUAUGGGUUAUGUUCGAGCAUGGAACACAUAUUAAAAACCAUUGAGCUAGAUUUAAAAAAAAAUUUAAGAGUUCUAAAAUGACAUUUUAAGUGCUUUUUUCUGUUUUGGUAAUUUUUUUAAAAAAGUGCUUUUCACAGUAUUACUUCCUUUUUUGGGAGGCAACAUGGGAUACAUAAAAUUAGUUAAUCUAUACCUGUAAAUAACGAUAAACUAUGUUUAACGAAAAAAAAAAUUCGGAGCGAAGUUCGAUUAAACAUCGUAAUAUUUACGAUUUUCUUCAAAAUUAGAUUUCAAAUCUUAUAAAAAAAAAUAUAUAGUUAAUUCAAUUUUUUGUUUUUGUUUUUUGACCAAUAAGUACGAUUUAUAAUGAACCUCCUGUUAAAUUUUCAAGCAUUUCUGUUUAGUAUAAACUACUGAGUACUUACCAAAUAAAAAUUACGUAAAAAACUAAUAGUUAUAAAAUAAGUUUAUCAUUAUAUCGUUAUUAUUAUUAUUUAUAAUACCUAGGUAUACUGAUCAUCAUAUAUUUACUUUUAAUAAUAGAAUUAAAUCCUUUUGUUAUUAUCAAUACCUAUUACCAAGUUAAAUUUUAUUUGCUUUACAAUAGGUUUAAAAUUUGAAACCUCCUCCAGAGACGAUAGGGUUUCUAGCAAAAUCCAAAAAUGCCCUAGCAAAAUCUCCUGUCAUGUGCGAGAGUGCGCCAAGUGCAGUUAUUCGCGCUUUCUUCUCAUGUAA